AAGCUGCGUAGACGCCAGUUCUACUCCCAGCCUCUGGAGAACGGCAGGGUCCUGUCUCAGGGCUCCACAUUCACCUACCAGGUAGGGAUGAGUUCAACACAAGGUAUCCAGAAUCAAUUACUUGAUGAGUGCUAGGGCCGAUUAGACAUUGAUUAAUCAAAUAAUUGUUUGUAUUUUGUUACAUAAAUAGGUGAAUAAAGCUGAGUUAACGAUCCGGAUGCCCUCGAUCGACUAAUAAAUUAAUCAAUUUCAAUCCUACUACCAGGACGUGUUGGACCUGCUGCUGGUGUACGCCCCUGACGCGGCCAGCGGGGGCAGUGACGAGCUAGCCUUCUCCCUGACCGACGGCAUCCACACCAGCACCGGACGGCUCACCUUCACCAUGGACGUCAGGAAGACUGAAGGACCGAGGAUGACAGUUAACAGAGGCCUGCAGCUGGCCGCAGGUAUGGGGAGGGCUAGAGGAGAAGAGAGGUGGUCGCUGACAUGCCUGUUGUUUGAGAGGGGGAUGUUAAGGAGGCUUGAAUGAUGGGGCAACAUUUUGAUUUCCGCCUAAAUAGACAAAUGUAAUAAUUUUUCAUGAGAUGGCCAUACACAAUAACUGGUAAUGUUGCAUCGUUUUAGAAAGGUCUGGAACUCAUCUUUCUGGUAACAAUAGUUAUAAAUUGCUAAGGUGUACUCACUUUUGAGGACACAGGCUCAAAUACAUAGUACAAAUAUUAUGAAAAUAUGAGAAAUAUUAUUUCUAAAUAUAGAAAGAAUCAAAUUAUAAACAGUACUAUAAGAUUUCACAUGUCUUACAACUGUGAAAUAGAUAUGAUCAUACUUAUUGACAGAACAAUAUUGGCACUGUUUCAUAUAUUACUGACGACAGAUCAUUUUCUCCUAAAUGUCCACUGAGCGUCACAGAGAUACCAUUUAAAUGUUUGCAGACUCGUUAAAACUUCAGCAUGAUGCGAUUUUGGUAAUCUGUGAACAAGAAAAAGUGGUCUUCUUUAAAUUUUAUGAAAUGUUUUUCGUAUUCUUUCAUGUUGAGAGCUCUAAAUCCGGCUGAGAAUAUCACAGCAAGAUGGAACCACAAUGGCUAGACUCACUACAUAUGCUGUCUCCCAGGCUGGGCUGUCUCACUUGGAGGAAGAGAAAAUCGAUUAUUCGUCUGAAUAGGACAGAAAAUGUGGAAACAGAGAGCCGCAGAUGGGGAUUUUUUGGCACUAUACGUCACAGGACCGUACAGCAUUCACAAAAUGUCCGUCUGAACCGGUCCACAACCGCUCAAAGUCCCCCAUAUGGGGGACCUAACAUCUAAGAUGGGUUAGUUUGGUUUGCAUUGAGUUACAACGAUAGACCGGAAGCAUAACUCAAUAUUAGGAAGGUGUUCAUAAUGUUUGGUAUACUCAAAGUAUGUAAAUAUGUAAUUGGUCAACCAGAACAAACUCCAACAAAGCAGUCAGAGCAGAAGAUGCUAACAGCAUUAUAUUCUAGACUCUUGUAUCCUGUUGUCUCUGAGAGUCUGUAACUGUAUCUCUUCCCUCAGGCUCAGCAUCUAAGAUCACUGAGCAGAACCUGAAGGGAUCGGAUUCAGACACAGACAGCCUGAAGCUGAGGUACAUCCUGAUCAAAGACCCUCCAGUAGGAAGACUACAGCUUUCUAAAAGAGGAGGACAGGACAAGGUGGCUGUUAAAGGACCUGUCAAGAGCUUCACACAGGAGGAGGUCAACAAAGGUUUGUCUCUCUCUCUCUCUCUCUAUCUCUCUCUCUCUCUCUCGCUCUCUCUCUCUCUCUCUCUCUCUCUCUCUCUCUCUCUCUCUCUCUCUCUCUCUCUCUCUCUCUCUCUCUCUCUCUCUCUCUCUCUCUCUCUCUCUCGCUCUCUUUCUUCCUCUCUAAGCGGUCUGUCACUUUGCCUCUCUCUCUCUCUCUCCCUCUCUCAUACGCCUCUCGAUUGAAACAAUUUCACUUUCCAUGAUUUUCAAUUGUUUAAAUCUACAAUCUUUUUUUUCCAGGAAAAAUGGCCCUUAACUCUCUCAGAGAUUUGUUCUCAGUUCUUGAAAUUAAUUAAUUAAUUCAGGAUAUUUAAUUGACCCUAACUUUACCUUCAUACUGGUACAGAUACAGGUAACUGCCAAAAUAAAGGAAACGCCAACAUAAAGUGUCUUAACAGGGCGUUGGGCCACCACGAGCCAGAACAGCUUCAAUACACCUUGGCAUAGAUUCUACAAGUGUCUGGGACUCUAUUUGUAUUUGUAUUUAUUAUGGAUCCAGCAAAAUUAAGGCAGUUAUACAUUUUAAAAACAUUACAAUACAUUCAUAACAGAUUUCACAACAUAUUAAGUGUGUGCCCUCAGGCCUCUACUCUACUACCACAUAUCUAUAACACAACAUCCAUGUGUACAUGUGUAUUGUGCGUAUGUUAUCGUGUGUUUGUAUGCAUGUGUCUAUGUUUGUGUUGCUUCACAGUCCCCGCUGUUCCAUAAGGUGUAUUUUUAUCUGUUUUUUUUUAUCUGAUUUUACUGCUUGCAUGAGUUACCUGAUGUGGAAUAGAGUUCCAUGAAGUCAUGGCUCUAUGUAUGUACUGUGCGCCUCCCAUAGUCUGUUCUGGACUUCGGGACUGUGAAGAGACCUCUGGUGGCAUGUCUUGUGGGGUAUGCAUGGGUGUCCGAGCUGUGCGCCAGUAGUUCAAACAGACAGCACGUUGCAUUCAACAUGUCAAUACUUCUCACAAAUACAAGUAGUGAUGAAGUCAAUCUCUCCUCGACUUUGAGCCAGGAGAGAUUGACAUGCAUAUUAUUAAUGUUAGCUCUCUGUGUACAUCCCAGGGCCAGCCGUGCUGCCCUGUUCUGAGCCAAGUCCCUCUUUGUGGCACCUGACCACACAACUGAACAGUAGUCCAGGUGUGAUAAAACUAGGGCCUGUAGGACCUGCCUUGUUGAUAGUGCUGUUAAGAAUGCAGAGCAGCGCUUUAAUAUAGACACACUUCUUCCCAUCCUAGCUACUGUUGUAUCAAUAUGUGUUGACCAUGACAGUUUACAAUCUUCAACUUGCUCAAUUUCCAGAUUAUUACAAGAUUGAGUUGAGGUAUAGGGUUUAGUAAAUGAGUUGUCCCAAAUACAAUGCUUUUAGUUGUAGAAAUAUUUAGGACUAACUUAUUCCUUGCCACUCAUUCUGAAACUAACUGCAGCUCUUUGUUAAGAGUUGCUGUCAUUUCAGUUGCUGUGGUAGCUGACGUGUAUAGUGUUGAGUCAUCCACAUACAUAGACACACUGGCUUUACUCAAAGCCAGUGGCAUGUCGUUAGUAAAGAUUGAAAAAAGUAAGUGGCCUAGACAGCUGCCCUGGGGAAUUCCUGAUUCUACCUGUAUUUUGUUGGAGAGGCUUCCAUCAAAGAACACCCUCUGUGUUCUGUUAGACAGGUAACUCUUCAUCUAUAAUAUAGCAGGGGGUGUACUCCUGAGUGGCGCAGUGGUCUAAGGCACUGCAUCGCAGUGCUAACUGUGCCACUAGAGAUCCUGGUUCGAAUCCAGUCUCUGUCGCAGCCGGCCGCGACCGGGAGACUCAUGGGCGGCGCACAAUUGGCCCAGCGUCGUCCAGGGUAGGGGAGGGAAUGGCCGGCAGGGAUGUAGCUCAGUUGAUAGAGCAUGGCGUUUGCAACUCCAGGGUUGUGGGAUCGAUUCCCACGGGGGGCCAGUAUAAAAAAAUAUGUAUUCACUAACUGUAAGUCGCUCUGGAUAAGAGCGUCUGCUAAAUGACUAAAAUGUAAUGUAAAGCCAUAACACAUACGUUUUUCCAGCAACAGACUAUGAUCAAUAAUGUCAAAAGCCGCAAUGAAGUCUAACAAAACAGCCCCACAAUCUUUUUAUUAUCAAUUUCUCUCAGUCAAUCAACAGUCAUUUGUGUAAGUGCUGUGCUUGUUGAAUGUCCUUCCCUAUAAGCGUGCUGAAAGUCUGUUGUCAAUUUGUUUGCUGUGAAAUAGUAUUUUAUCUGGUCAAAAACCAUUUUUUCCAAAGGUUUACUAAGGGUUGGUUGGUCGGCUAUUUGAGCCAGUUAAGGGGGCGUUACUAUUCUUAGGUAGGGGAAUAACUUUUGCUUCCCUUCAGGCCUGGGGGCAUACACUUUCUAGUAAGCUUAAAUUGAAGAUAUGGCAAAUAGCAGUGGCAAUAUCUUCCGCUAUUAUCCUCAGUAAUUUUCCAUUCAAGUUGUCAGACCCUGGUGGCUUGUCAUUGUUGAUCGCCAAAAAUACUUUUUUCACCUCUUCCACACUUACUUUACGGAAUUCAAAAUUACAAUGUUUGUCUUUCAUAAUUUGGUCAGAUAUACUUGGAUGUGUAGUGUCAGCGUUUGUUGCUGGCAUGUCAUGCCUAAGUUUGCUUAUCUUGCCAAUGAAAAAAAUCAUUAAAGUAGUUGGCAAUAUCAGUGGGUUUUGUGAUGAAUGAGCCAUCUGAUUCAAUGAAUGAUGGAUCGGAGUUAGCCUUUUUGCCCAAAAGUUCAUUUAAGGUGCUCCAAAGCUUCUUACUAUCAUUCUUUAUGUCAUUUAUCUUUGUUUCAUAGUAUAGUUUCUUCUUCUUUUUAUUCAGUUUAGUCACAUGAUUUCUCAAUUUGCAAUACGUUUGCCAAUUGGUUGUGCAGCCAGACCUAUUUGCCAUCUCUUUUGCCUCAUCCCUCUCAACCAUACAAUUUUUCAAUUCCUCAUCAAUCCACUGGGAUUUAACAGUUUUUACAGUCAUUUUCUUAAUGGGUGCAUGCUUAUUAGUAACUGGGAUAAGCAAUUUCAUAAAUGUGUGAAGUACAGUGUCUGUUUGCUCAUCAUUACACACCACGGACCAACAAAUAUUCUUCACAUCAACAUCAUAGGAAUCACUACAGAACUUCUUGUAUGACCUCUCUAUUGAUAUCACAUAUAUUAUUUCACACGUUAUCCAGAUACUGACUGUUAACACUUGGUGGUCUAUAGCAGCUUCCCACCAGAAUGGGCUUUAGGUGAGGCAGGUGAACCUGUAGCCAUAUUACUUCAACAGUAUUUAACAUGAGAUCUUCUCUAAGCUUUACAGGAAUGUGGUUCUGAAUAUAGACCGCAACACCGCCCCCAUUGGCAUUUCUGUAUUUUCUGUAAAUGUUAUCAUUUACAUUACAUUUUACAUUUUAGUCAUUUAGCAGACGCUCUUAACCAGAGCGACUUACAGGAGCAAUUAGGGUUAAGUGCCUUGCUCAAGGGCACAUUAACGUCAUUUAGCAGACGCUCUUAGCCAGAGCGACUCACAAAUUGGUGCGUUCACCCUAUAGCCAGUGGGAUAACCACUUUACAAUUUGGGGGGGGGGGGGGGGGGGGGGGGGGGGGGGGGGUUAGAAGGAAUACUUUAGCCUAUCCCAGGUAUUCCUUAAAGAGGUGGGGUUUCAAAUGUCUCCGGAAGGUGGUGAGUGACUCCGCUGUCCUGGCGUCGUGAGGGAGCUUGUUCCACCAUUGGGGUGCCAGAGCAGCGAACAGUUUUGACUGGGCUGAGGGGGAGCUGUGCUUCCGCAGAGGAAGGGGAGCCAGCAGGCCAGAGGUGGAUGAACGCAAUGUCCUCGUUUGGGUGUAGGGACUGAUCAGAGCCUGAAGGUACAGGGGUGCCGUUCCCCUCACUGCUCCAAAGGCAAGCACCAUGGUCUUGUAGCGGAUGCGAGCUUCAAUUGGAAGCCAGUGGAGUGUGCGGAGGAGGGGGGGUGACGUGAGAGAACUUGGGAAGGUUGAACACCAGACGGGCUGCGGCAUUCUGGAUGAGUUGUAGGGGUUUAAUGGCACAGGCAGGGAGGCCAGCCAACAGCGAGUUGCAGUAGUCCAGACGGGAGAUGACAAGUGCCUGGACCAGGACCUGCGCCGCUUCCUGUGUAAGGCAGGGUCGCACUCUCCGAAUGUUGUAGAGCAUGAACCUGCAGGAGCGGGUCACCGCCUUGAUGUUGGCGGAGAACGACAGGGUGUUGUCCAGGGUCACGCCUAGGCUCUUCGCACUCUGGGAGGAGGACACAGCGGAGUUGUCUACCGUGAUGGCGAGAUCAUGGAACGGGCAGUCCUUCCCGGGGAGGAAGAGCAGCUCCGUCUUGCCAGGGUUCAGCUUGAGGUGGUGAUCCGUCAUCCAUACUGAUAUGUCUGCCAGACAUGCAGAGAUGCGAUUCGCCACCUGGUGAUCAGAAGGGGGAAAGGAGAAGAUUAGUUGUGUAUCGUCAGCGUAGCAAUGAUAGGAAAGGCCAUGUGAGGAUAUGACAGAGCCAAGUGACUUGGUGUAUAGGGAGAAAAGGAGAGGGCCCAAAACCGAUCCCUGGGGGACACCAGUGGUGAGAGCACGUGGUGCGGAGACAGCUUCCCGCCACGCCACUUGGUAGGAGCGACCGGUCAGGUAGGACGCAAUCCAGGAGUGAGCCGCGCCGGAGAUGCCCAUUUCGGAGAGGGUGGAGAGGAGGAUCUGAUGGUUCACAGUAUCAAAGGCAGCAGACAGAUCUAGAAGGACAAGAGCAGAGGAGAGAGAGUUAGCUUUAGCAGUGCGGAGAGUCUCUGUGACACAGAGAAGAGCAGUCUCAGUUGAAUGACCAGUCCUGAAACCUGAUUGGUUUGGAUCAAGAAGGUCAUUCUGAGACCUUGUAUUGUAACCUUGUAUUGCUACCACUGUAUCAUCAAAGGUAUUAUCUAAGUGAGUUUGAGAGAUUGUCAGAAUAUGAAUGUCAUCUGUUACUAUCAAAUGGAGUGAUGCGACACCAUUCUUCCACAAGAAAUUGCGUAAUUUGGUGUUUUGUUGAUGGUUGUGGAAAAUGCUGUCUCAGGCGAUGCUCCAAGCUGUGCCAUAAGUGUUCAAUUUGUUUGAGAUCUGGUGACUGAGACACCCUGGCAUAUGGUUUACAUCGUUUUCAUGCUCAUCAAACCGUUCAGUGACCACUCGUGCCCUGUGGAUGGGGGCAUUGUCAUCCUAUGGGGGCAUAGCCAUGGUAGCCAAAAUAAUGGCCUGCCCAGCAUUUUUAUACAUGACCCUAAGCGUAUGUGGGGGAAUGGCGGUGCCGUGGAUAGCGAUGGUCUUACAGGAUCCUGACCAAUUCUGCUAUUUUGUGUUAUUUGUUUCGCUGAUCUAAAUGUUCAUUGUACAUAAUGUUUCCGCCAUCAUUUCCUACUACCAAAAACAGCUUCUGGACAUCAGAACAGCAUUCGCUAACCUCGAUUUGGAAUAUCGGCGGCUCUGGAUAUUCUGCUUACUCCUGACCAUAAUCCCCGGGUCUUGAAAGAGGAAGCGGCAGUGAAAAAGAGGCAGGUUCCUAUGGAGACAGGAGACUACGUCACUGGAGAACAAAUUGGAUGAGCUCCAUUCGAUACUAUCCUAUCAACGGGACCUGAUAAAAAAAAAAAUAUCCUAUGUUUCUCAGAGUUGUGGCUGAACAAAGACAUGGAUAUACAUCGAUGCGUCGUCAACAGCGAAUGGUAAACUUGGGUAAAACGAAGAGAACAGCUGGUGCGCAAUCUCUAACGUUAAGGAAGUCUCAACUUUUUGAUCUCCUAAGUUAGAAUACUAUUUACCAUCUAUAUUUUUCAUAGCAGUCGUGGUCAAAAUGUCAGAUGUUACUAUGGUAUACUGAAGUAUAAUUACAAGCAUUCCAUAAGUGUUAAAGGCUUUUAUUGACAAUUACAUUAAGUUUAUGCAAAGAGUCAAUAUUGGCAGUGUUGACCCUUUUUUUUCAAGACCUCUGCAAUCCGCCCUGGCAUGCUGUCAAUUAACUUCUGGGCCACAUCCUGAAUGAUGGCAGCCCAUUCUUGCAUAAUCAAUGCUUGGGGUUUGUCAGAAUUUUUGGGUUUUUGUUUGUCCACCCGCCUCUUGAGGAUUGACCACAAGUUCUCAAUGGGACUGGGGAGUUUCCUGGCCAUGGACCCAAAAUGUCGAUGUUUUGUUCCCCGAGCCACUUAGUUAUCACUUUUGCCUUAUGCCAAGGUAUGGAAAAGGCAUUUUUUGUCAUCAAACUGUUCUUGGAUGGUUGGAAGAAGUUGCUCUCUGAGGAUGUGUUGGUACCAUUCUUUAUUCAUGGCUGGGUUCUUGUGAGUGAGCCCACUUCCUUGGCUGAGAAGCAACCCCACACAUGAAUGGUCUCAGGAUGCUUUACUGUUGGCAUGACACGGGACUGAUGGUAGCGCUCACCUUGACUUCUCCGGACAAGCUUUUUUCCGGAUACCCCAAACAAUCGGAAAGAGGAUUCAUCAGAAAAAAUGACUUUACCCCAGUCCUCAGCAGUCCAAUCCCUGUACCUUUGCAGAAUAUCAGUCUGUCCCUGAUGUUUUUCCUGGAGAGAAGUGGCUUCCUCACUGCCCUUCUUGACACCAGGCCAUCCUCCAAAAGUCUUCGCCUCACUGUGUGUGCAGAUGCACUCACACCUGCCUGCUGCCAUUCCUGAGCAAGCUCUGCACUGGUGGUGCCCCGAUCCCGCAGCUGAAUCAACUUUAGGAGACGGUCCUGGCGCUUGCUGGACUUUCUUGGGCGCCCUGAAGCCUUCUUCACAACAAUUGAACCUCUCUCCUUUAAGUUCUUGAUGAUCCGAUAAAUGGUUGAUUUAGGUGCAAUCUUACUAGCAGCAAUAUCCUUGCCUGUGAAACCCUUUUUUUGCAAAGCAAUGAUGAAGGCAUGUGUUUCCUUGCAGGUAACCAUGGUUAACAGAGGAAGAGCAAUGAUUUCAAGCACCACCCUCAUUUUAAAGCUUCCAGUCUGUUAUUCUAACUCAAUCAGCAUGACAGAGUGAUCUCCAGCCUUGUCCUCGUCAACACUCUCACCUGUGUUAACGAGAGAAUCACUGACAUGAUGUCAGCUGGUCCUUUUGUGGCAGGGCUGAAAUGCAGUGGAAAUGUUUUUUGGGGAUAAAGUUCAUUUUCAUGGCAAAGAGGGACCUUGCAAUUAAUUGCAAUUCAUCUGAUCACUCUUCAUAACAUUCUGGAGUAUAUGCAAAUUACCAUUAUAAAAACUGAGGCAGCAGACUUUGUGAAAAUUUGUGUCAUUCUCAAAACUUUUGACCAAGACUGUAUUUACCACCUCAAAUCGAUGCUGGCACUAAGACCAAACUCAAUGAGCAAACAAGAAGCACAUUCAGAGGCGGCGUUUCUCAUGGCCCGUGGUUUUAAUGGAGGGAAACUGAAAUUCGUUUUACCUCAUUUUUACCAGCAUGUCACUUGUUCACCUGGAGGUGAUAACACUCUAGAAAUGCCUCCCUCGCCAACCAUACCCCAACCAGACGCCAUGGAUUAGAGGCAACAUUCGCACUGAGCUAAAGGCUAGAACUGCCGCUUUCAAGGAACGGGACAAUAAUCUGGACGCUUAUAAGAUAUCCCGCUACGACCUCCUAAGAAACCCAGCCACGAGCUGUCCAGCUAUGUGAGCCUACCAGACGAGCUAACUGCCUUAUAUGCUCACUUCGAGGCAAGCAACACUGAACCAUGCAUGAAAGCAUCAGCUGUUCAGGACGACUGUGUGAUCACGCUCUCUAUAGCCGAUGUAAGUAAGAAGUUUAAACAGGUUAACAUUCACAAGUCUGCAGGGCCAGACGGAUUACCAGGAUGCGUACCAGAGGAUAUAGUAAGACCUUUAAACAGGUCAACAUUCACAAGGCCGCAGGGCCAGACAGCAUACCAGGAUGCGUACUCAGAGCAUGCGCUGACCAACUGACAAGUGUCUUCACUGACAUUUUCAACCUAUGCCUGACCCGGUCUGUAAUACCAACUUGUUUCAAGCAGAUCACCAUAGUCCCUAUGCCCAAGAAUGCCAAGGUAAUCUGUCUAAAUGACUAAACAUUUACAUUUACAUUUUAGUCAUUUAGCAGACGCUCUUAUCCAGAGCGACUUACAGGAGCAAUUAGGGUUAAGUGCCUUGCUCAAGGGCACAUUAACGUCAUUUAGCAGACGCUCUUAGCCAGAGCGACUCGCAAAUUGGUGCGUUCACCCUAUAGCCAGUGGGAUAACCACUUUACAAUUUGGGGGGGGGGGGGGUUAGAAGGAACACUUUAUCCUAUCCCAGGUAUUCCUUAAAGAGGUGGGGUUUCAAAUGUCUCCGGAAGGUGGUGAGUGACUCCGCUGUCCUGGCGUCGUGAGGGAGCUUGUUCCACCAUUGGGGUGCCAGAGCAGCGAACAGUUUUGACUGGGCUGAGCGGGAGCUAUGCUUCCGCAGAGGAAGGGGAGCCAGCAGGCCAGAGGUGGAUGAACGCAAUGCCCUCGUUUGGGUGUAGGGACUGAUCAGAGCCUGAAGGUACAGAGGUGCCAUUCCCCUCACUGCUCCAUAGGCAAGCACCAUGGUCUUGUAGCGGAUGCGAGCUUCAACUGGAAGCCAGUGGAGUGUGCGGAGGAGGGGGGUGACGUGAGAGAACUUGGGAAGGUUGAACACCAGACGGGCUGCGGCAUUCUGGAUGAGUUGUAGGGGUUUAAUGGCACAGGCAGGGAGGCCAGCCAACAGCGAGUUGCAGUAGUCCAGACGGGAGAUGACAAGUGCCUGGAUUAGGACCUGUGCCGCUUCCUGUGUAAGGCAGGGUCGUACUCUCCGAAUGUUGUAGAGCAUGAACCUGCAGGAGCGGGUCACCGCCUUGAUGUUGGCGGAGAAUGACAGGGUGUUGUCCAGGGGUCACGCCUAGGCUCUUCGCACUCUGGGAGGAGGACACAGCGGAGUUGUCAACCGUGAUGGCGAGAUCAUGGAACGGGCAGUCCUUCCCCGGGAGGAAGAGCAGCUCCGUCUUGCCAGGGUUCAGCUUGAGGUGGUGAUCCGUCAUCCAUACUGAUAUGUCUGCCAGACAUGCAGAGAUGCGAUUCGCCACCUGGUUAUCAGAAGGGGGAAAGGAGAAGAUUAGUUGUGUAUCGUCAGCGUAGCAAUGAUAGGAAAGGCCAUGUGAGGAUAUGACAGAGCCCAAGUGACUUGGUGUAUAGGGAGAAAAGGAGAGGGCCUAGAACUGAGCCCUGGGGGACACCAGUGGUGAGAGCACGUGGUGCGGAGACAGCUUCUCGCCACGCCACUUGGUAGGAGCGACCGGUCAGGUAGGACGCAAUCCAGGAGUGAGCCGCGCCGGAGAUGCCCAGCUCGGAGAGGGUGGAGAGGAGGAUCUGAUGGUUCACAGUAUCAAAGGCAGCAGACAGUUCUAGAAGGACAAGAGCAGAGGAGAGAGAGUUAGCUUUAGCAGUGCGGAGAGUCUCCGUGACACAGAGAAGAGCAGUCUCAGUUGAAUGACCAGUCCUGAAACCUGAUUGGUUUGGAUCAAGAAGGUCAUUCUGAGAGAGAUAGCAAGAGAGUUGGCUAAAGACGGCACGCUCAAUAGUUUUGGAAAGAAAAGAAAGAAGGGAUAACUGGUCUGUAGUUGUUGACAUCAGUGGGGGUCGAGUGUUGGUUUUUUGAGAAGGGGAGCAACUCUCGCUCUCUUGAAGACGGAAGGGACAUGGCCAGCGGUCCAAGGAUGAGUUGAUCAGCGAGGUGAGGUAGGGGAGAAGGUCACCGGAGAUGGUCUGGAAAGGGAGGAGGGAUGGGGUCAAGCGGGCAGGUUGUUGGGCGGCCUGCAGUCACAAGUCGCAGGAUUUUAUCUGGAGAGAGAGGGGAGAAAGAAGUCAAAAGCAUAGGGUAGGGCAGUGUGAGCAUGACCAGCAGUGUCAUUAGACUUAACAAACGAGGAUCGAUGUCCGUCAACCUUCUUUUCAAAGUGGUUGACGAAGUCAUCUACGAGAGAGAGGAGGGGGGGGGGGGGGGGGGGGGGGGGGGGGGGGUUGGUUGGUUUUGUGUGGGGGGGGGUUUGUGUUUGGGGGGGGUUUUUGGUUUUUUUGGGGGUUGGGGGGGGAGUGGGUGCGGCCCGGGGCUUUUUGGUUUUUUUUUUUGCCCCCUUUGGGUUUGUUUUUUUUGGUUGUUUGUGUUGGGGCUGUUUUUUUUUUUUUCCGUUUUUUUUUUUUUUUCCAAAAAAGGUUUGCUUUUUUUUUUUUUUUUUUUUUUUUUUUCGGUUUGGGUUUAAAGGGUUCCUUUUUUUUUGGGUUUUUUUUUUUAAAGGGACGGUUGGGGGUUUUUUUAAAUUUUUUUUUUUUCCGGGCAUUACCAUUUUUUUUUUUUUAAUUUUUUGUUUUUGGGGGGUGGGGGAGAAAAGGGGGAAAAAAUUGGCAAAGGGGGGGUUCAGGGUUGGGAGGCAGAUCUUUGGAUUUAGAUUGGUUUGGAAGGGGGCUUAGGGGGUUUUAAAACAAAAGGGGGAAAAAAAGAGGGGGAGGGAAAAGAAAAAUUUGGAAAAGGGGUUUUUGGUUUUUCCCCAAAAACUGUGCGUGGGACCCUCCCAAAAAGGCAUAACCCCCCAGCUAGGGAAAACCCAGGGCCUGGGAAGGGGGAAUAGAGACCAAGGAAUAAAAAAGGGGGAAAGGGUUAAGGGGCAGGAAUUUCCAAAUUUGGAGGAGAAGAAAGAGGUUGGGGAAAAAUUUUGAAAGGAUUGGAAAAAAGGAUUGUAAAAAACCCCCCCGAAAGGUUCGGGGGGGAAACCAUUGUUAGGGGAAGGGAGAGGGGGGGGAGAUUUUUAAGGGGAAAAAAAAUUUUUGUUGGGAAAUGGGGGGAUUUUUGCGGGUUGGUUGGAAAGGGAGCGCUUUUUUGGAAGAAGGCGCCGUUUUGGCCCUUCCUUUGGAGGGGGGGAAAGGGUGGGGGUGGGUAAAAAGGGGAGGGUAAAGGGAGCGGCCGUUUAAAGGCGGGGAGGGGAAACCCCCGGGUGGGGGGGAAUUCCCAAAAGGGAAAGGGAACAAAAAAAGGGAUUUGAAAAAGGGUGGGUGAAAAAAAGGAAAGCUUUGGGGGGGGGUGGACGGACAGCGGAAAAAGGGAAGCAAAAGGGUUGGGGGAAAAAAAAAUUUUUGGGAGAGGAGGGAAAAAAAUGCCUGGGGAUGGAAAAAUGGGGACGGGUUAGGAGGGAAAGAGUUGGGGGAAUGGGGGAGGAGGGAGGGGAGGGGAAGGGGGGUUGGGAGUUUUUGGGCGGAAAAAUUUAGGGGCGGUGCAAAAUAAAAGGGGGGGGGGGGGCCACCGUUAGAGAGGCAAAACCCGCGUGGGGUUCGUUUGUGUGCCUUUUCAAAGGAGAAAAAACAGGGUUUUCAAGACAUUUUACAGGCGUAAGCAAAGGGCUAAAAAAUUUCAGAGGAAUGGGAAAAAAUGAGCUAACCCUUUUGGGAGGGGAAUAUCGGGCCUCCCUCCCCAAAAAACUCAAACCCAAAACAAAAAAUUUUUUCACUGAACCACCCGAACAAAAACCCCCCCCUUCCCCCCCCUUUAGAAAUCAAAUUUUUGUAACCCCAGCUUUUCAAUUUUUUAAAAAAGGAAUAGCUCCCCCCACUUUUUUCACUACCCAAACCUAUGAAAAACCAUACUAACAAAACCCUAGCACCCAAAAAAACAAUAACAAAACCCCCUUUUUACCCCACCCAACAUUUGGGUCAAAACAAACCCCCAAUAGGUAAAACACACAAAAAAUCAUUCGUGUCUGUGUCCCUUUUCCUUUCAUGACGCAAAAAUGAUUAGACGUUGGCUAGCUAUAAAAUAUAUUGUAUUUAGCCCUCCCGUACUUAGCUGGUCGUGUUGGAAAGCAAAGCAAUGGCCACUUUGUUGCCUUUUUUUUGGGAAGAACCAUCUAGCUAGCUUCUUGCUAAAAACCCGGGCACAAAAUGGCAAAUUGUUUUCUCUUUACCCGGGUUCGAAAAAACGGCUAGGUAGCCCGUUCGUGCUACACCCCGGCACUCCCCCAAGGGAAAAAAGUAACUACACACAAAAACCCCAUGCCUAUUUAGACCCCGGGUAUCUUGAAAGCUAGCAUCCUUUAAAAAAACAAUUUAAAAUAAAAUACUUUGUUACAAAAAAAAAAAAUUUGGCCAAAGAGUGUUUUUACACACUAAACAGAAAAUUCAAUUUCCGUGUCAUUUUCCUUUUCAUAACGCAUAACGCAAAAAAAAAUUUAAAAACGUUGGCAAGUUUUACUUUAAACUUUGGGGGAACCGCCCUCCAGCGUUGCUAAUCUUUUACCAGUAGUUACCCGCUAGCUAGCUAGCCUCGUCUUCGUACUAACCUACAUUUCAAAAAAUCUAACCUAUAAAAAAUUUUCAAUCCUAACUCCCGGGUAACUACCUACCUACACUAAAAACCUUGGGUUUAAACAAAAAAUUAAAAAAUUUUGGGUUUGCACUUUCAUUAACAUUGGGACCAAAACCUCCUCUAGCGUUGCUAAACGUUUUCCCCGUAGCCCCCCCCUAGCUUUGCUACCCCGUGCUUCGAUACUAAAACCCCAAUUACCUAAAAAACCUACAAAAACAAAAAUACUAACCUAUGAUAAAAAAUACAUACCCAAAAUAAACCCCAAAACCUCCCUUCAAAAGUUUUACUGUCUGAAGAUUUAAAAAUGUAAACCCCCUUUUGCACUCCCCUCAUACCAUGAAAAGCUUUUAAAGGCUGGUCAUGGGUUUACAAAACCCUCAACCCAGACAUCCUGGGCCCCUCCCAAUUUUUCCCUAAACCCCCCCAACAGACCACAAUGACGCAAUCUCUAUUGCCCCUCAACCCCCCAUGGAAAAAAGGAAUAAACCCAUGUUUAAAAUGCUGUUUUUAUUGACUACAGCUUCAGCAUUUAACACCAUAUUCCCCCCCCAAGCUCAAACACCAACUCAGGAACCCCCGGGGCGGGAACAACUUCUCUGCAACUGGUCCGGGCCUUUUUCCCGACAGCCGCCCCCCCGGUGGUGAAUUGGCAACAACCCCAAAACCACUAGCUGCCCCAACAUGGGGCACCUCAGGGGGGUUUUUGGGUUAUUUCCCCCCCUGUAAACCCUGUUCAAAAAAUGACUUCUUGGGGGGGCGCAACUCCAACCCAUCAUCAAAAAUUUUUCUGACGACACAAACCCUGGGGGACUGAUCCCCGAAAUGAGGCAGCCUUUUGGAAAAGGGGGUCAAGACCUGGAAAUGUGGGGGCCAGAACAACAAAACCCCCUCCCUCAUCUGCAAGACAAAGGGUGAUCGUGGACUACAGGAAACAGAGGGGUGAAAUAAGCCCCCCUCAACACGAGUUGCUGUAGUGGUGCGGGUCCCAAAGCUUCAAUUUUUCCUUUGGGGUCCACACACCAACAAACUAUCAUGGGGCCGAAAAACCCAAACAGUCGUGGAAGGGAACGACAAGCCUAUUCCCCCCCGGAGACGAAAAACUUGGCAUGGGGCCUCAGAAACCUCAAAAAGUUUAAUUAAAACUUCAACCCCUCGAGACAUUCCUUAAAUGUUUUUUAAACACUGCCCCGGGAUGGCAACUGCUCUCCUCCGACAGCAAAGGGGCUACAAAUGGGAUGUUUUUUUGGCCCCAAAACAUCAUUGGGGCCAAGCUUUCCUGCCCUUUCCGGGCCUCUAUAAACCCCGGGGGUGUCAAAAGGAAGGGGCCCCAAAAACUGCCCAAAGACUCCAGCCACCCUAGUCAUAGACCCUUUCGGCCCGCUACCGCAUGAACCCGGGUUUCUUGGGGGCGCCAAGUCUAGGUCCAAAAAGCUUUUUUAACAGUUCUAACCCCCAAACCAUAAGAAAUUCUUUAACCCCAAAAAAAAUGGGUAAACGGCCAUUUCAUUGACCCCCCCCCCCCCCCCCCCCCCCCCCCCCCCCCCCCCCCUUUUUGUACACCCGCUGCUACUGACUGGUUUUUUACUAUGCAUAUCACUUUAUCCCCACCUACUGUACAAAUUACCUCGACUAACCGGGAUACCUUCCCCGCACAUUGACUCGGGACCGGUACCCCCCCCCGUAAUUUGCCUUGGGGUUUUUUGUUUUUUUAUUUUUUGUUUUUUUUAUUUUUUAAAAAUUUUCUUAAACCCCCAUUUUUUUUUAAAAAUGCAUUGUUUUGGUUUUAAAGGGGUUGUAAGUAACAUUUCCCCGGUUUUUUACUCGUUUCGUGUUUACAAUUUAAAUUUGUUAUAAUUUUUCACCCUUUCUGUUUUUCCCCAAACCCCUUCCUUUUAACCUCCGUAUAUACAUUUUACGGACACAGUAUUUUACAAAUUGUUAUCUUGUUAUUUUUUUUUCCCCCCCCCUUCAGCUCCACUCAACCCCUCCCAUUUAUCUCUGAAAACCAUCCAGUUUGAUUUCAUUUGCCAUUUUUUUUUCAAAUAUGUUUCACAAAAAUUUUUGAACCCCCUUUUAUUCCCCAUUGUUUUUCCCACAGAUUUUUAAAAUUAAAAAUAAAAAUUUUUCAAGAUUUUUUAUUAUAAAAUUUUUGAUCGAUUACUUUGACUUUUUUAAAUUUCCCCGCGUGCUACUUUGGGAAGUUUUGCGCCCGGUUAAAAAGUUUCAAAAUUCUUCAACCAUUCCUGAACCUGCACCAAAAAAAACUACAUAGGCAUACCCAAAAAAAAUUUUCUAAAGAUUCUGUCUCUUGCAGCAAAAACUGCAGCGCUGAUUUUUGUAUCCCCCCCUAUACAGUGCCUUCGGAAAAUUUCAUACCCUUGACCUUUUUUUCCCACAUUUUUGGGUUUUUUAAAACCUAUUCUAAAAUUGUUAAAAAAAAUAAAAUCCUCAGCAAUUUUUACACCCAAUGCUCAUAAGGACAAAGCGAAAACAGGUUUUUUUUUAAAUGUUUGCAAAUUUUUAAAAAAAAAAAAAAAAAAAUACCUUUUUUACACAAGUAAUUUAGACCGUUUGCUAUGAAACUCAAAUUAAGCUCAGGUUCACCCGUUUUCCCUUUACCUCCUUUAGAUUUUCUACCCCCAAAUUAAUUGGAGUCCCCAGUUGGGAAAAUUUAAUUGAUUGGAAAAUGAUUUUGGGAAAAGGGACACACCUUUUUAAUAAGGUCCCACAAUUGGGCAGUGCUGUCCCGACAAAAAACCCAAACCAUGAUUUGAAAGGGAAAUUUUCUGUAAGCCUUUUUAGCAGAAUUGUGUUGAGGCACAGUUGGGGGAAAGGGGAAAAAACCAAAAAAACCCCCUGCAAACUUGAAGGGCCUUUAAGAACCCCAGUGGGCCCCCUUACAUUUCAAGAAAUUUGGAACCCUCAAGGGCCUUUUUCCAAGAGCGGGGUGCCCCCAACUGAGGGAAUCGGGGGAGAAGGGCCUUAACGGAAGGUGACCCCCGAAAACCCGAGGUCCCCCGCUGACAGAGCUCCAAUUUUUCCCCUUGGAGAUGGGGGGAAAAAUUCCAAAGGGCAAAUCUCUCUUUCGCCUCCCCAAUCCGGGCCUUUUUGGUAAGGGGGGCCCCGACGGAAAACCCCUUUCCCCAGUAAAAACACCACACCCACUUGGAACUGCCAAAAGGCACCUAAAACUCUCGACCAUGAAAACCCAAAAUUUCUGGUCUGUGAAACCAAGAUUGAACUCCUUUUUUGGCCCCAAUGCCAACUCAAAGUUUUGGAAAGAAAUUGGCACCAUCCCUCGGUGAAAACAUGGUGUGGCCCCAUCAUACUGUGGGGGGGGUUUUUUUUAAACGGCAGGGGCGGGGAGGGCUAGGCAGGGGAAAGAUGGGAAAGGAGGGAAAUUAAAAAAACAGAUCCUUUAAAAAAACCGCCCAGAGGUUCAACCUCAGACUGGGGGGUAAGGGUUUACCUUCCAACAGGAAAAAUUAACCCCCAAAACCCACAUCCCAAAACAAAGCAGGAGUGGUUUUGGGAAAAAUUUUCUGAAGUCCUUUAGUGGCCCAGCCAAACCUGGACUUAAACCUUUUGGAAACCUUAAAAAAAGCCCGUGCAAACGCUUUCCCCCUCCAAACCCGCGGGGCCCUUUAGGGACUGCAAAAAAAGAAUGGGAGAAACUCCCCAAAUAAAGGUGUGCCCAAACUUGUAUGUCCUACCCCGUGAGACAGGAGUGCGGGGGAAACGCUCUCGUGUCCCGAGGGCACCGGGUGUACAGUGGCCAGGUAGAGCUCCACCUGCAGGAGGAACCCCUGACACCCGGCAGCUGUACCGUCAUACGCCCUCGGGAGCGAGAGCCGAAUCCUCCUGGGUUCCGGACCUGGGACUGGUGGACCGGCCGAUGGGGUUGGCAGGGUAGGUGGAGGUGUGGGUACCCCGCUGGUCUCCCAUCGGUGCAAGGUGUUGAUGACGUCCUGUAGAGCGGUCCCCAGUUGACGUAUCUGGUCAUCUUGCCCACGGACAUGCUCCUCGAGCGACUCAGGCGUAACUGCAGAUCCUGCUGAUUCCAUUCUGGUGUGUGAUUCUGUCAGGGGUGCUGAAGGUGGGUGUGGUGCAUGAAUCAAGCGCAGGACGCAGAGGCUCAGUCCAAAAGACUUUAGUGCAAUAUUUACAUAGAGAAAUAAGCACAAUAAGCCCGAAGGCGAAAUCACGGCGCACACAGGCGUCAAAUAAAAGGCGCACUAACAUGUGCGAAAAACCUCUCCAAAACACUGGAGGGAAGUACGUAGCUCCAACACGAAACAGAAGAGCAAUCACACACAAAGACAAACACAACCAACGAGAACUAAAUAGGACACUAACGAGGACUAACAAGACACAGGUGUACAACAUCAAGACAAAACCAAACGAACAUGAAACAUAGAUCGGUGGUAGCUAGUACUCCGGGGACGACGACCGCCGAAGCCUGCCCGAACCAGGAGGAGGAGCAGCCUCGGCCGAAACCGUGACAAUCGGUUGUGCAGCCAGACCUAUUAGCCAUCUCUUUUGCCUCAUCCCUCUCAACCAUACAAUUUUUCAAUUCCUCAUCAAUCCACUGGGAUUUAACAGUUUUUACAGUCAUUUUCUUAAUGGGUGCAUGCUUAUUAGUAACUGGGAUAAGCAAUUUCAUAAAUGUGUGAAGUACAGUGUCUGUUUGCUCAUCAUUACACACCACGGACCAACACAUAUUCUUCACAUCAACAUCAUAGGAAUCACUACAGAACUUCUUGUAUGACCUCUCUAUUGAUAUCACAUAUAUUAUUUCACACGUUAUCCAGAUACUGACUGUUAGCACUUGGUGGUCUUUAGCAGCUUCCCACCAGAAUGGGCUUUAGGUGAGGCAGGUGAACCUGUAGCCAUAUUACUUCAACAGUAUUUAACAUGAGAUCUUCUCUAAGCUUUACAGGAAUGUUGUUCUGAAUAUAGACCGCAACACCGCCCCCAUUGGCAUUUCUGUAUUUUCUGUAAAUGUUAUAACCUUGUAUUGCUACCACUGUAUCAUCAAAGGUAUUAUCUAAGUGAGUUUGAGAGAUUGUCAGAAUAUGAAUGUCAUCUGUUACUAUCAAAUGGAGUGAUGCGACACCAUUCUUCCACAAGAAAUUGUGUAAUUUGGUGUUUUGUUGAUGGUUGUGGAAAAUGCUGUCUCAGGCGAUGCUCCAAGCUGUGCCAUAAGUGUUCAAUUUGUUUGAGAUCUGGUGACUGAGACACCCUGGCAUAUGGUUUACAUCGUUUUCAUGCUCAUCAAACCGUUCAGUGACCACUCGUGCCCUGUGGAUGGGGGCAUUGUCAUCCUAUGGGGGCAUAGCCAUGGUAGCCAAAAUAAUGGCCUGCCCAGCAAUUUUAUACAUGACCCUAAGCGUAUGUGGGGGAAUGGCGGUGCCGUGGAUAGCGACGGUCUUACAGGAUCCUGACCAAUUCUGCUAUUUUGUGUUAUUUGUUUCGUUGAUCUAAAUGUUCAUUGUACAUAAUGUUUCCGCCAUCAUUUCCUACUACCAAAAACAGCUUCUGGACAUCAGAACAGCAUUCGCUAACCUCGAUUUGGAAUAUCGGCGGCUCUGGAUAUUCUGCUUACUCCUGACCAUAAUCCCCGGGUCUUGAAAGAGGAAGCGGCAGUGAAAAAGAGGCAGGGUCCUAUGGAGACAGGAGACUACGUCACUGGAGAACAAAUUGGAUGAGCUCCAUUCGAUACUAUCCUAUCAACGGGACCUGAUUAAAAAAAAAAUAUUCUAUGUUUCUCAGAGUUGUGGCUGAAAAAAAAAUUAAAAUAAAAAAUAAAUAAAAAAUAAUCAACAAAUAAAAAUAAAAUAAAAAAUAAAACAUGGAUAUACAUCGAUGCGUCAUCAACAGCGGAUGGUAGACUUGGGUAAAACGAAGAGAACAGCUGGUGCGCAAUCUCUAACGUUAAGGAAGUCUCAAGUUUUUGAUCUCCUAAGUUAGAAUACUAUUUACCAUCUAUAUUUUUCAUAGCAGUCGUGGUCAAAAUGUCAGAUGUUACUAUGGUAUACUGAAGUAUAAUUACAAGCAUUCCAUAAGUGUUAAAGGCUUUUAUUGACAAUUACAUUAAGUUUAUGCAAAGAGUCAAUAUUGGCAGUGUUGACCCUUUUUUUUCAAGACCUCUGCAAUCCGCCCUGGCAUGCUGUCAAUUAACUUCUGGGCCACAUCCUGAAUGAUGGCAGCCCAUUCUUGCAUAAUCAAUGCUUGGAGUUUGUCAGAAUUUGUGGGUUUUUGUUUGUCCACCCGCCUCUUGAGGAUUGACCACAAGUUCUCAAUGGGAUUAAGGUCUGGGGAGUUUCCUGGCCAUGGACCCAAAAUGUCGAUGUUUUGUUCCCCGAGCCACUUAGUUGUCACUUUUGCCUUAUGGCAAGGUAUGGAAAAGGCAUUUUUCGUCACCAAACUGUUCUUGGAUGGUUGGAAGAAGUUGCUCUCUGAGGAUGUGAUGGUACCAUUCUUUAUUCAUGGCUGGGUUCUUAGGCAAAAUUGUGAGUGAGCCCACUUCCUUGGCUGAGAAGCAACCCCACACAUGAAUGGUCUCAGGAUGCUUUACUGUUGGCAUGACACGGGACUGAUGGUAGCGCUCACCUUGACCUCUCCGGACAAGCUUUUUUCCGGAUACCCCCAAACAAUCGGAAAGGGGAUUCAUCAGAAAAAAUGACUUUACCCCAGUCCUCAGCAGUCCAAUCCCUGUACCUUUUGCAGAAUAUCAGUCUGUCCCUGAUGUUUUUCCUGGAGAGAAGUGGCUUCCUCGCUGCCCUUCUUGACACCAGGCCAUCCUCCAAAAGUCUUCGCCUCACUGUGUGUGCAGAUGCACUCACACCUGCCUGCUGCCAUUCCUGAGCAAGCUCUGCACUGGUGGUGCCCCGAUCCCGCAGCUGAAUCAACUUUAGGAGACGGUCCUGGCGCUUGCUGGACUUUCUUGGGCGCCCUGAAGCCUUCUUCACAACAAUUGAACCUCUCUCCUUUAAGUUCUUGAUGAUCCGAUAAAUGGUUGAUUUAGGUGCAAUCUUACUAGCAGCAAUAUCCUUGCCUGUGAAGCCCUUUUUUUGCAAAGCAAUGAUGAAGGCAUGUGUUUCCUUGCAGGUAACCAUGGUUAACAGAGGAAGAGCAAUGAUUUCAAGCACCACCCUCAUUUUAAAGCUUCCAGUCUGUUAUUCUAACUCAAUCAGCAUGACAGAGUGAUCUCCAGCCUUGUCCUCGUCAACACUCUCACCUGUGUUAACGAGAGAAUCACUGACAUGAUGUCAGCUGGUCCUUUUGUGGCAGGGCUGAAAUGCAGUGGAAAUGUUUUUGGGGGAUUAAGUUCAUUUUCAUGGCAAAGAGGGACCUUGCAAUUAAUUGCAAUUCAUCUGAUCACUCUUCAUAACAUUCUGGAGUAUAUGCAAAUUACCAUUAUAAAAACUGAGGCAGCAGACUUUGUGAAAAUUAAUAUUUGUGUCAUUCUCAAAACUAUUGACCAAGACUGUGUUUACCACCUCAAAUCGAUGCUGGCACUAAGACCAAACUCAAUGAGCAAACAAGAAGCACGUUUCUCAUGGCCCGUGGUUUUAAUGCAGGGAAACUGAAAUUCGUUUUACCUCAUUUUUACCAGCAUGUCACUUGUUCACCUGGAGGUGACAACACUCUAGAAAUGCCUCCCUCGCCAACCAUACCCCAACCAGACGCCAUGGAUUAGAGGCAACAUUCGCACUGAGCUAAAGGCUAGAACUGCCGCUUUCAAUGAACGGGACAAUAAUCUGGACGCUUAUAAGAUAUCCCGCUACGACUUCCUAAGAAACCCAGCCACGAGCUGUCCAGCUAUGUGAGCCUACCAGACGAGCUAUCUGCCUUAUAUGCUCACUUCGAGGCAAGCAACACUGAACCAUGCAUGAAAGCAUCAGCUGUUCAGGACAGACUCUGUGAUCACGCUCUCUAUAGCCGAUGUAAGUAAGAAGUUUAAACAGGUUAACAUUCACAAGUCUGCAGGGCCAGACGGAUUACCAGGAUGUGUACCAGAGGAUAUAGUAAGACCUUUAAACAGGUCAACAUUCACAAGGCCGCAGGGCCAGACAGCAUACCAGGAUGCGUACUCAGAGCAUGCGCUGACCAACUGACAAGUGUCUUCACUGACAUUUUCAACCUAUGCCUGACCCGGUCUGUAAUACCAACUUGUUUCAAGCAGAUCACCAUAGUCCCUAUGCCCAAGAAUGCCAAGGUAAUCUGUCUAAAUGACUAAACCACGUAGCACUCCCAUCUAUAGCCAUGAAAUGCUUUGAAAGGCUGGUCAUGGUUCACACCAUCAACCCAGACAUCCUGGACCCACUCAAUUUGCAUACCGCCCCAACAGAUCCACAGAUGACGCAAUCUCUAUUGCCGUCACCCACAUGGACAAAAGGAAUACCUAUGUAAGAAUGCUGUUCAUUGACUACAGCUCAGCGUUCAACACCAUAGUCCCCUCCAAGCUCAUCACCAAGCUCAGGACCCUGGGACUGAACAACUUCUCUGCAACUGGGUCCUGGACUUCCUGACGGGCCGCCCCCAGGUGGUGAAGGUAGGCAACAACACCACUACGCUGACCCUCAACACGGGGGCACCUCAGGGGUGUGUGCUUAGUCCCCUCCUGUAAUCCCUGUUCACCCAUGACUUCGUGGCCGCGCACGACUUCAACACCAUCAUCAAGUUUGCUGACGACACAACGAUGGUGGGACUGAUCACCGAAGAUGAGGCAGCCUAUUGGAAGGAGGUCAGAGACCUGGCAGUGUGGUGCCAGAACAACAACCUCUCCCUCAGCGUCUGCAAGACAAAGGAGCUGAUCGUGGACUACAGGAAACAGAGGGGUGAGUAUGCCCCCAUCAACAUCGAUGUUGCUGUAGUGGAGCGGGUCGAGAGCUUCAAGUUCCUUGGUGUCCACAUCACCAACAAAUUAUCAUGGUCCGAACACACCAAGACAGUCGUGAAGAGGGAACGACAACGCCUAUUCCCCCUCAGGAGACUGAAAAGAUUUGGCAUGGGUCCUCAGAUCCUCAAAAAGUUAUACAGCUGCACCAUCGAGAGCAUUCUGACUGGUUGCAUCACUGCCUGGUAUGGCAACUGCUCAUCCUCCGACAGCAUGGCGCUACAGAGGGUAGUGUUUAUGGCCCAAUACAUCAUUGGGGCCAAGCUUCCUGCCUUCCAGGACCUCUAUACCAGGCGGUGUCAGAGGAAGGCCCUAAAAACUGCCAAAGACUCCAGCCACCCUAGUCAUAGACUGUUCUCUCUGCUACCGCAUGACAAGCGGUACUGGAGCGUCAAGUCUAGGUCCAAAAUGCUUCUUAACAGCUUCUACCCCCAAGCCAUAAGACUGCUGAACAGCUAAUCAAAUGGCUACCCGGCCUAUUGAACUCACACCACCCCACACCCCCCCACCCCCCAAAAAAAAAUAAAAAAAAAAGAAAAAAAAAAAAAAAACAAAAUACAUCCACCACAAAACAAAAAAACAAAAAAAAAAAAACAACACCCACCCCCACCAACCCCAAACCCCCACAAAACACCCCCCCCCACACAGAAAACCCCCCCCCCCCCCCCCCCCCCCCCCCAACCCCCCCCCCCCCCCCCCCCCACCCCCCCCCCCCCCCCCCCCCCCCCCCCCCCCCCACCCCCCCCCCCACCCCCCCCCCCCCCCCCCCCCCCCCCUUUUUGUACACUGCUGCUACUGACUGUUUAUUAUCUAUGCAUAGUCACUUUAUCCCUACCUACAUGUACAAAUUACCUCGACUAACCUGUACCUCCCAGCACAUUGACUCAGUACCGGUACCCCCUGUAUAUAGCCUCGUUAUUGUUAUUUUAUUGUUGCUCUUUUAUUUUUUAAAUAUUUUCUUAACCCUUAUUUUUCUUAAAACUGCAUUGUUGGUUAAGGGCUUGUAAGUAAGCAUUUCACGGUUGUACUCGGUGCGUGUGACAAGUAAUAUUUGUUAUAUAUUUUUCAACUGUGCUGUUUCACAAAAGUUCUGAACCUACAGUAUAUACAUUUUACGGACACAGUAUAUUUACAUUAGUUAUCUUGUUAUUUUUAGUCCCACCCUUCAGCUCCACUCAACCCCUCCCAUUUAUCUCUGAACACCAUCCAGUUUGAUUUCUAUUUGCCAUAUAUUUUUCAACUAUGUUUCACAAAAGUUCUGAACCCUUCUAUUCUCAUUGUUUCUACAGAUUGUAAAUUAAAGAUAAACAUUUUUACUAAGAGUAUUAUUAUAUUAUUGAUCGAUUGACUUUGACUUUUCAAAUCUCCCAGCAGUGCUACUUGCAGAGUUAGCGCCAGGUAAAUGUUGCAAUUCUUCAGCCAUUCCUGAACCUGCGACUAAAAACAAGCUACAUAUGGACAGUACCAAAACAAAUUAUCUAAUGAUUCUGUCUCUUCGCAGCAAAAACUGCAGCGCUGAGAUGGUUGUAUCCCCCAUAUACAGUGCCUUCGGAAAGUAUUCAGACACCUUGACUUUUUCCACAUUUUGUUACGUUAAAGCCUAUUCUAAAAUUGAUUAAAUAAAAUAAAAUCCUCAGCAAUUUACACACAAUACCUCAUAAUGACAAAGCGAAAACAGGUUUUUAGAAAUGUUUGCAAAUUUAUAAAACACAAGUAUUCAGACCGUUUGCUAUGAAACUCGAAAGUAAGCUCAGGUUCAUCCUGUUUCCAUUGACCAUCCUUGAGAUGUUUCUACAACUUGAUUGGAGUCCACCAGUGGUAAAUUCAAUUGAUUGGACAUGAUUUGGAAAGGCACACACCUUUCUAUAUAAGGUCCCACAAUUGACAGUGCAUGUCAGAGCAAAAACCAAGCCAUGAGGUCGAAGGAAUUGUCUGUAGAGCUUCUAGACAGAGUUGUGUUGAGGCACAGAUCUAGGGAAGGGUACCAAAAACAUUCUGCAGCAUUGAAGGUCCUCAAGAACACAGUGGCCAUCCUUACAUGCAAGAAGUUUGGAACCAUCAAGACUCUUCCAAGAGCUGGCUGCCCGGCCAAACUGAGCAAUCGGGGGAGAAGGGCCUUAGACAGGAAGGUGACCUAGAACCUGAUGGUCACUCUGACAGAGCUCCAGAGUUCCUCUGUGGAGAUGGGAGAACCUUCCAGAAGGACAGUCAUCUCUGCAGCACUCCACCAAUCAGGCCUUUAUGGUAGAGUGGCCAGACGGAAACCACUCCUCAGUAAAAGUCACGACAGCCCACUUGGAGACUGCCAAAAGGCACCUAAAGACUCUCAGACCAUGAGAAACAAGAUUAUCUGGUCUGAUGAAUCCAAGAUUGAACUCUUUGGCCUGAAUGCCAAGCGUCACGUCUGGAUGAAACUUGGCACCAUCCCUACGGUGAAGCAUGGUGGUGGCAGCAUCAUAAUGUGGGGGUGUUUUUCAGCGGCAGGGACUGGGAGACUAGUCAGGCAAAGAUGAACGGAGCAAAGUACAGACAGAUCCUUGAUGAAAACCUGCUCCAGAGCGUUCAGGACCUCAGACUGGGGCUAAGGUUCACCUUCCAACAGGACAAUGACCCUAAGCACACAUCCAAGACAACGCAGGAGUGGUUUCGGGACAAGUCUCUGAAUGUCCUUGAGUGGCCCAGCCAGAGCCUGGACUUGAACAUCUCUGGAGAGACCUGAAAAUAGCUGUGCAGCAACGCUCCCCAUCCAACCUGACAGAGCUUGAGAGGAUCUGCAGAGAAGAAUGGGAGAAACUCCCCAAAUACAGGUGUGCCAAGCUUGUAGUGUCAUACCCAAGAAGACUCGAUGCUGUAGUUGCUGCCAAAGGUGCUUCAACAAAGUAUUGAGUAAAGGGUCUGAAUACUUACGUAAAUGUGAUAUUUUUUUAUAAAUGUCUAAAAACCUAUUUUUGCUUUGUCAUUAUUGGGUAUUGUGUGUAGAUUGAUGAGGGGAAAAAAUGAAUUAAUCAAUUUUAGAAUAAGGCUGUAACCUAACAAAAUAUGGAAAAAGUCAAGGGGUCUGCAGGUGACAAAUAACAUUUGAUUUGAUGAUGGGAUCUUAAUUGCUUAAUUAACACAGGAACCACACCUGUGUGGAAGCACUUGCUUUCAAUAUAUUUUGUAUCCCUCAUUUACUCAAGUGUUUGCAUUAUUUUGGCAGUUACUUGUAGAUGAGUGUCAAUGGUUUAUCUAUAUAGUUAGUUGAGAGCAAUUCCAUGCCAGCAGGAGCCCACUCUGGAAAUUUGACGUGUUUGCAGAGUAUUUUUUUCUAAACAAUAUGUCAAAAAAAUUAGCUAAAUCAAAAAGGGUGUUAAUAUAAUAUUAAUAUUUUUAAUGUUUAAUAAAUUAAUGUGAUUUUUGUUCUUCUAAAUCUAGACAUAAUAAUAAUAAUAAUAUAAUAAUAUAAUAAUAAUAAUAAUAAUAAUAAUAAUAAUAAUAAUAAUAAUAAGCCAUUUAGCAGACGCUUUUAUCCAAAGCGACUUACAGUAAUGUGUGCAUACAUUUCUACGUAUGGGUGGUCCCGGGGAUCGAACCCACUACCCUGGCGUUACAAGCGCCGUGCUCUACCAAUUGAGCUACAGAGGACCACAUACUACAGCUACAGAGGACCAUAUACUAUUUUAGAGCACACUAUAAGGGGUAUAAUGACACCAAUAUGUUGUCUGUAUCAUGUGCAGUUAACAGUUCAUAGGCUCUUACAGAAGGUCUAAAAAGGGCCUAAAAUGGCCACUUUCAUUAUGAUUUUCAGAAAAAAAUCCUUCCUCCCAAUGAAGUUUCUAUGUGAGAAUUGCCAGAACAAUCUGAGAUACCGAAUGUAUUUUCCGCUUACGCUGGUGUGGAAUCGCCCUUGAGUGAGUUGACAGUCAUGUUGACUGCAUCUGGGUGUAUGUAUAAGGUUAACUAUCAUUUCAGUAUCAUGUCGGGUUCACCAAAACUAUGUGUGUCGCAGGCCUGUUGGAUUAAGUUGAGUGAGUUGAUACUAAUAUUGACUGCGUGUGUUUGUGUGUGUGUGUCGCAGGUCUGUUGGAUUAAGUUGAGUGAGUUGAUACUAAUAUUGACUGCGUGUGUCUGUGUGUGUGUGUCGCAGGUCUGUUGGAUUAAGUUGAGUGAGUUGAUACUAAUAUUGACUGCGUGUGUUUGUGUGUGUGUGUCGCAGGUCUGUUGGAUUAAGUUGAGUGAGUUGAUACUAAUAUUGACUGCGUGUGUUUGUGUGUGUGUGUCGCAGGCCUGUUGGAUUAAGUUGAGUGAGUUGAUAGUAAUAUUGACUGCGUGUGUUUGUGUGUGUGUGUCGCAGGCCUGUUGGAUUAAGUUGAGUGAGUUGAUAGUAAUAUUGACUGCGUGUGUUUGUGUGUGUGUGUCGCAGGUCUGUUGGAUUAAGUUGAGUGAGUUGAUACUAAUAUUGACUGCGUGUGUCUGUGUGUGUGUGUCGCAGGUCUGUUGGAUUAAGUUGAGUGAGUUGAUACUAAUAUUGACUGCGUGUGUUUGUGUGUGUGUGUCGCAGGCCUGUUGGAUUAAGUUGAGUGAGUUGAUAGUAAUAUUGACUGCGUGUGUUUGUGUGUGUGUGUUGCAGGUCUGUUGGAUUAAGUUGAGUGAGUUGAUAGUAAUAUUGACUGCGUGUGUUUGUGUGUGUGUGUUGCAGGUCUGUUGGAGUACGGUCAUGAGAAGGGAGAGAAAGGAGGGAGCAUAUCCUUCAAGUUCAACCUGGUGGAUCCAGAGGGCAACAAACUGAUCGACCAGUCUUUCUACAUCCGUGUACUAGGUAGGUUCCAGUCCUUCUUUAUCAGUGUACUUGGUAGGUUCCAGUCCUUCUACAUCAGUGUACUAGGUAGGUUCCAGUUGUUCUUCAUCAGUGUACUAGGUAGGUUCCAGUUGUUCUUCAUCAGUGUACUAGGUAGGUUCCAGUCCUUCUACAUCAGUGUACUAGGUAGGUUCCAGUCCUUCUACAUCAGUGUACCAGGUAGGUUCCAGUCUUUUUUUAUCAGUGUACUAGGUAGGUUCCAGUCCUUCUACAUAAGUGUACUAGGUAGGUUCCAGGUCUUCUUUAUCAGUGUACUAGGUAGGUUCCAGUCCUUCUUCUUCAGUGUACUAAGUAGGUUCCAGUCCUUCUACAUCAGUGUACUAGGUAGGUUCCAGUCCUUCUACAUCAGUGUACUAAGUAGGUUCCAGUCCUUCUACAUCAGUGUACUAAGUAGGUUCCAGUCCUUCUACAUCAGUGUACUAGGUAGGUUCCAGUCCUUCUUUAUCAGUGUACUUGGUAGGUUCCAGUCCUUCUACAUCAGUGUACUAGGUAGGUUCCAGUCCUUCUACAUCAGUGUACUAGGUAGGUUCCAGUCCUUCUACAUCAGUGUACUAGGUAGGUUCCAGUCCUUCUUCAUCAGUGUACUAGGUAGGUUCCAGUCCUUCUACAUCAGUGUACUAGGUAGGUUCCAGUUCUUCUUCAUCAAUGUACUAGGUAGGUAACUUUGUAUGGUUUCUUCUUAUGUAGGGAACACAGUACUGGCGAUCAAUUGGAAAAAGUCAGUUGCCAGUUGUUACUGGUAGUUGGUCCAGAGCGGUGGCCUUCUUUCCUGAUGCGUUCCAAAAACACGUGGUCUGUUCUAGGCUUUCUGUUCCCAUGUGGUUGAAACAUCUUCACUCUCCGGUUUUGAUCUCUCCUUCCCGCUAUCAUCUUCUUCGUCUCCUUCCCCCCCCCGUUCCCCUGUCCCCCCCUCCAGAGGACCGCCUGCCCCCCUCUGUGGUAGUGAAUAAGGGUCUGGUGUUGGAUGAGAACUCAGUGAAGAAGCUGACUACUCUCCAGCUGUCAGCUACAGACCAGGACAGUGAGCCUGGAGAACUUGUGUACCGCAUCACCAGGCAGACAGUGCUGGGGCAUCUGGAGCACGCCAGCACCCCAGGUACUACUGCUGGAGCCCAGCUCAAACAGACACACACGCCUGCACAAAACAUAUUUUAAAUGUAAAUAUAUUUUACACACUUGUGCAUAAACAAGCUUAUAAAGGCUGAAACUUACACACACAUACGCGUUCUAACGUACACACACAUACACGCACACGCACACCUGUGUAAUCCAACAUGAAAUAAUGAGUCUCGCUCUAGUUGUUCUCUGAGUCUGAACCAGUGAGGCCAGCGCAUACUCGCUUUGCAUGACAUGCUAUCCGUUCUGCUUACAGUAUAUGCCGUUUAGCAGAUGCUUUUAUCCAGAACGCCCUACUACAUCUAGAUUUUUCGUAGCUGUCUAUUUACCACCACAAACAGAUGCUGGCAUUAAGAUUGCACUCAAUGAGCUGUAUAAGGCCAUAAGCAAACAUGAAAACGUUCAUCCAGCGGCAGUGCUCCUAGUGGCCGGGGACUUUAAUGCAGGGUAACUUUAAUUUGUUCUACCUAAUUUCUACCAGCAUGUUAAAUGUGCAACCAGAGGAAAAAAUACUCUAGACCAUCUUUACGCCACACACAGAGACACGUACAAAGCUGUCCCCCGCCCUCCAUUUGGCAAAUCUGACCAUAACUCUAUCAUCCUGAUUCCUGCUUAUAAGCAAAAACUAAAGCAGGAAGCACCAAUGACUCGGUUAAUAAGGAUGUGGUCAGAUGACGCAGAUGCUAAGCUACAGGAAUGUUUUGCUAGCACAGACUGGAAUAUGUUCCGGGAUUCUUCCGAUAGCAUUGAGGAGUACACCACAUCAGUCACUGGCUUCAUCAAUAAGUGCAUCAAUGACGUUGUCCCCACAGUGACCGUACGUACAUACCCCAACCAGAAGCCAUGGAUUACAGGCAACAUCCGCACUGAGCUAAAGGGUAGAGCUACCGUUUUCAAGGAGUGGGACUCUAACCCGGACGCUUACAAGAAAUCCCAUUAUGCCCUCCGACGAACCAUCAAACAGGCAAAGAGUCAAUACAGGACUAAGAUUGAAUCGUACUACACCGGCUCCGACACUCGUCGGAUGUGGCAGGGCUUGCAAACUAUUACAGACUACAAAGGGAAGCAUAGCCACACGCUGCCCAGUGACACAAGCCUACCAGACGAGCUAAAUCACUUCUAUGCUCGCUUCGAGGCAAGCAACACUGAAGCGUGCGUGAGAGCACCAGCUGUUCCAGAUGACUAUGUGAUCACGCUCUCCGUAGCCGAUGUGAGUAAGACUUUUAAGCAGGUCAACAUUCAAAAGGCCGCAGGGCCAGUUGGAUUACCAGGACAUGUACUCCGAGCAUGCGCUGACCAACUGGCAAGUUUUCAACAUGUCCCUGACUGAGUCUGUAAUACCAACAUGUUUCAAGCUAACCACCAUAGUCCCUGUGCCCAAGAACACUAAGAUAACCUGCCUAAAUGACUACCGACCCAUAGCACUCAUGUCUGUAGCCAUGAAGUGCUUUGAAAGGCUGGUCAUGGCUCACAUCAACACCAUUAUCCCAGAAACCCUAGACCCACUCUAAUUUGCAUAUCGCCCCAACAGAUCCACAGAUGAUGCAAUCUCUAUUGCACUCCACACUGCCCUUUCCCACGUGGACAAGAGGAACACCUACGUGAGAAUUCUAUUCUAUUCAUUGACUACAGCUCAGCGUUCAACACCAUAGUGCCCUCAAAGCUCAUCACUAAGUUAAGGACCCUGGGACUAAACACCUCCCUCUGCAACUGGAUCCUGGACUUCCUGACGGGCCGCCCCCAGGUGGUAAGGGUAGGUAACAACACAUCUGCCACGCUGAUCCUCAACACGGGGGCGCCUCAGGGGUGCGUGCUCAGUCCCCUUCUGUACUCCCUGUUCAUCCAUGACUGCAUGGCCAAGCACAACUCCAACACCAUCAUUAAGUUUGCAGACGACACAACAGUGGUAGGCCUGAUCACCGACAACGAUGAGACAGCCUAUAGGGAGGAGGUUGGAGAUCUGGACGUGUGGUGCCAGGAUAACAACCUCUCCCUCAACGUGAUCAAGACAAAGGAGAUGAUUAUGGACUACAGGAAAAAAAAGAGGACUGAGCACGCCCCCAUUCUCAUCGACGGGGCUGUACUGGAACAGCUUGUCCACAUCACCAACAAACUAUCAUGGUCCAAACACACCAAGACAGUCGUGAAGAGGGAACGACAACGCCUAUUCCCCCUCAGGAGACUGAAAAGAUUUGGCAUUGGUCCUCAGAUCCUCAAAAAGUUAUACAGCUGCACCAUCGAGAGCAUCCUGACUGGUUGCAUCACCGCCUGGUAUGGCAACUGCUCGGCCUCCGACCGCAAGGCACUACAGAGGGUAGUGCGUAUGGCCCGGUACAUCACUGGGGCCAAGCUUCCUGCCAUCCAGGACCUCUAUACCAGGCGGUGUGAGAGGAAAGCCCUCAAAAUUGUCAAAGACUCCAGCCACCCUAGUCACAGACUGUUCUCUCUGCUACUGCACGGCAAGCGGUACCGGAGUGCCAAAUCUAGGUCCAAAAGGCUUCUUAACAGCUUCUACCCCAAGCCAGAAGACUCCUGAACAACUAAUCAUGGCUACCCGGACUAUUUGCAUUGCCCCCCCCACCCCCUCUUUUACGCUGCUGCUACUCUGUUUAUGAUCUAUGCAUAGUCACUUUAACUCUACCCACAUGUACAUAUUACCUCAAUUACCUCGACUAUAGCCUCCCUACUGUUAUUUUAUUUUACUGCUGCUCUUUAAUUAUUUCCUCUUUUAAUUUUUUACUUAUCUAUUUUUUACUUAAUAUUUUCUUAAAACUGCAUUGUUGGUUAAGGGCUUGUAAGUAAGCAUUUCACUGUAAGGCACUUGUGGCAAAUACAAUUUGAUUUGAUUUGAUUUGCAGUGUAUACAUAAUGACUGUUUGGUUUGGCCCCAGAGGGAAUCAAACCCAUAAUGACUGUUUGGUGUGGCCCCAGAGGGAAUCAAACCCAUGAUGAGUGUUUGGUGUGGCCCCAGAGGGAAUCAAACCCAUUAUCUGGCAUUGCUAGUGCCACUCUCUUUGCCAACACAGGAUUAGUAUGAAAAUGCUACAUUAACAUGCUACAGACUGUGUUUUCUUGCACAUCAAGUUUACAAAGCUAAUGCUCAAACAACCAUAAAUGUGAAUGGUUAAUGCUAAUAAAUGCUAACUUCCACCCGCUACAGGAAGCCGCAUCACUUCCUUCUCCCAGGCUGACCUGGCUUCACGUAGCAUCCAGUACGUUCACACCAGCGAAGAAGAGAAGCAUGCAGAUGAGUUCUCAUUCAUCAUGUCUGACGGGACUAAUGAGGUACACACCCACCUCCACACACACACACGCACCCACCUCCACACACACACACACACACACACACACACACACACACACACACACACACACACACACACGCACCUCCACACACACACUGGGCAUAAUGGCUCUCUCUAAUGCAGCCUAAUGAGCAGUAGAAGUACUUGGGUUCCCCAUACGGUUAUAUUCAUGUUGCCCAUACUGUUAUAUUCAGGUUGCCCAUACGGUUAUAUUCAGGUUGCCCAUACGGUUAUAUUCAGGUUGCCCAUACGGUUAUAUUCAGGUUUCCCAUACGGUUAUAUUCAGGUUGACCAUACGGUUAUAUUCAGGUUGCCCAUACGGUUAUAUUCAGGUUGCCCAUACGGUUAUAUUCAGUUUGCCCAUACGGUUAUAUUCAGGUUGCCCAUACGGUUAUAUUCAGGUUCCCCAUACGGUUAUAUUCAGGUUCCCCAUACGGUUAUAUUCAGGUUCCCCAUACGGUUAUAUUCAGGUUGCCCAUACGGUUAUAUUCAGGUUCCCCAUACGGUUAUAUUCAGGUUCCCCAUACGGUUAUAUUCAGGUUCCCCAUACGGUUAUAUUCAGGUUCCCCAUACGGUUAUAUUCAGGUUCCCAUACGGUUUAUUCAGGUUCCCCAUACGGUUAUAUUCAGGUUCCCCAUACGGUUGUAUUCAGGUUCCCCAUACGGUUAUAUUCAGGUUCCCCAUACGGUUAUAUUCAGGUUCCCCAUACGGUUAUAUUCAGGUUGCCCAUACGGUUAUAUUCAGGUUCCCCAUAUGGUUAUAUUCAGGUUCCCCAUACGAUUAUAUUCAGGUUCCCAUACGGUUAUAUUCAGGUUCCCCAUACGGUUAUAUUCAGGUUCCCCAUACGGUUAUAUUCAGGUUCCCCAUACGGUUAUAUUCAGGUUCCCCAUACGGUUAUAUUCAGGUUCCCCAUACGGUUAUAUUCAGGUUCCCCAUACGGUUAUAUUCAGGUUCCCCAUACGGUUAUAUUCAGGUUCCCCAUACGGUUAUAUUCAGGUUCCCCAUACGGUUAUAUUCAGGUUCCCCAUACGGUUAUAUUCAGGUUCCCCAUACGGUUCCUACGGUAUUCAGGUUCCCCAUACGGUUAUAUUCAGGUUCCCCAUACGGUUAUAUUCAGGUUCCCCAUACGGUUAUAUUCAGGUUCCCCAUACGGUUAUAUUCAGGUUCCCCAUACGGUUAUAUUCAGGUUCCCCAUACGGUUAUAUUCAGGUUCCCCAUACGGUUAUAUUCAGGUUCCCCAUACGGUUAUAUUCAGGUUCCCCAUACGGUUAUAUUCAGGUUCCCCAUACGGUUAUAUUCAGGUUGCCCAUACGGUUAUAUUCAGGUUCCCCAUACGGUUAUAUUCAGGUUGCCCAUACGGUUAUAUUCAGGUUCCCCAUACGGUUAUAUUCAGGUUGCCCAUACGGUUAUAUUCAGGUUGCCCAUACGGUUAUAUUCAGGUUCCCCAUACGGUUAUAUUCAGGUUCCCAGACCAUAUGGCUAAUUACAGAGUGGGAUAUUUUCUCUCCCGUAUUACGCCAUAGAUAUUAGAUAUGAUAGACCAUAGAUAUUUGAUCAGGAUGUUGAUCCAGAUGAUAGAUAUUAAAUAUGAUAGACCAUAGAUAUUUGAUCAGGAUGUUGAUCCAUAUGAUAGAUAUUAGAUAUGAUAGACCAUAGAUAUUUGAUCAGGAUGUUGAUCCAUAUGAUAGAUAUUAGAUAUGAUAGACCAUAGAUAUUUGAUCAGGAUGUUUGCUCAUGAAGUAUCAGAUAGAACGUAUUAGGGGAUGUAUGUGAUACUAUUUUUAACCAGGAUGUGAUUGCUCAUGGCAUUGAGAUGUUUCCUGUGUAUGUUGUGAUGGGUGGCUCUGACGUGUGUGUAUGUUGUGAUGGGUGGCUCUGACGUGUGUGUGUGUGUAUGUUGUGAUGGGUGGUUCUGACGUGUGCGUGUGUAUGUUGUGAUGGGUGGCUCUGACGUGUGUGUGUGUGUAUGUUGUGAUGGGUGGCUCUGACGUGUGUGUGUGUACGUUGUGAUGGGUGGCUCUGACGUGUGUGUGUGUAUAUUGUGAUGGGUGGCUCUGACGUGUGUGUGUGUAUAUUGUGAUGGUUGGCUCUGACGUGUGUGUGUGUAUAUUGUGAUGGGUGGCUCUGACGUGUGUGUGCGCGUGUGUGUGUUGUGAUGGGUUGUGUUUUGUAUGGUGUCUUUACGUUGAUAACAGUAUUUUGUAUGGAGUCUUUAUGUUGAUAACAGUGUUAUGUAUGAUGUCUUUAGGUUGAUAACAGUGUUUUGUAUGGAGUCUUUAGGUUGAUAGUGUUAUGUAUGGUGUCUUUAGGUUAAUAACAGUGUUCUGUAUGGAGUCUUUAGGUUGAUAACAGUGUUCUGUAUGGUGUCUUUAGGUUGCCCAGACGUUCUACAUCACCAUACGGCCAGUGGAUGACUCCCUCCCCCUGCUGGUGGUUCCUGGGAUGAGGGUUCAGGAGGGGGUCAGGAAGACCAUCACUGAGUUUGAACUGAAGGCCACCGACGCUGACACAGAGGUGGAGUAGGACAGGCUGUCUGAUCAUUCACUACACACACACACACACACACACACACACACACACACACACACACACACACACACACUCUGUGUUCCCUGGCAGUAAGCUUAGCUAACCUACAGGGCCGUGAAAAAGUAUUUGCCGCCUUUCUGAUUUUCACUAUUUCUGCAUAUUUUUUUAUACUGAAUCUUAACAGAUCUUCAACCCAAACCUAAUAUUAGAUAAAGGGAAUAUACAAAUAAAACAAUUAAAAUAUAGAUAUUUUUUAUUUAUUUAAUUAACAAAGUUAUGCAACACCCACUCAAUAACUGGUUCUGCCACCUUUGGAAGCAGUGACUGCAACCAAAUUAUUCCUGUAGUGGUUGAUCAGUCUCUCACAUCGCUGUGGAAGAAUUUUGGCCCACUCUGCAGAACUACUUUAACUCAGUGACAUUUGUGGGUUUUCAAGCAUGAACUGCUCGUUUCAGGUCCUGCCACAACAUCUCAAUUGGGAUUAGAACUGGACUUUGACUAGGCCAUUCCAAAAACUUCAAAUGUUUGGGUUUUUUAACCAUUUUCAUAUAGACUUGAUUGUGUGUUUUGGAUCAUUGUCUUGCUGCAUGACCCAGCUGCCCUUCAGCUUCAGCUCACAGACAUAUUGUCUGACAUUCUCCUGUAGAAUUCUCAGAUGCAGAGAAGAAUUCAUGGUUCCUUCUAUUAAGGCAAGUCGUCCAGGUCCUGAGGCAGCAAAGCAUCCCCAAACCAUCACACUACCACCACCAUGCUUGACCGUUGGUAUGAGUUUCUUCCUGUGGAACAAUGCAGUGUUUUUUUUUUUUUUGCCAGACAUAAUGGGACCCGUAUCGUCCAAAAAGUUUACUCAAGUUUGCCAAGAAGCACCUGGAUAAUCAUCAAGACUCUUGGAAGAUUGUUCUAUGGACAGAUCCUUCAAAAGUAUAUCUUUUUUGGACAACAUAUUAGGACAUUCAGUAUCAAAAAUAUGCAAAAGUCGAGACAUUUAGAAAGGGGGCAAAUACUGUUUCACGGCAAUGUAUAUAUGCACUUUAGCAACAAGAUAGACCGGACACCAACAAAACAGAAUGGCAUUGUCACUAGCACAAGGGUGUAAUGUAAAGGGGAGUUGGGCUGAAGACACCUUACAUAGGGAGUGACGGUGUUCCUGAUGUUUUGUACACUCAGUGUAUGUUAUAUAUCAUAAGAUAUUCACACUAAAAUGUCUCCCUCCAGGAGGAGUCCAUCACCUUUACCAUAGUCCAGGCCCCCCGUCACGGCAAUAUUGAGCGGACCAACAACGGACAGCACUACCGUCAGACCAACAGCUUCACCAUGGAUGACAUCUACCAGAACAGAAUCAGCUACAACCACGAUGGCUCCAACUCACUGAAGGACAGAUUCACCUUCACUGUAACUGACGGGACUAACGUCUUCUUUAUGGUGGAGGAGGGGGGCAAGGAGGUGAGGGUGUGUGUGUGUGUGUGUGUGUGUGUGUGUGUGUGUAUGUGUUUAUGAGUGAGGCUCAGAGUAAAUUAACUUCACAGGCUGUCAGCUUGCCUGUCUGUCUCAGGUGUCACUAUUAUGGAAACAGACAGCAGGCUACUGCCAUUUCUCUCUCUCUACUCUCCUCUCUUCUCUCUCUCUCUCUCUAUCUUUCUCUCUCUCUCUCUCUCUCUCUCUCUCUCUCUCUUCUCUCUCUCUCUCUUUCUGUCUCUCUCUCUCUUCUCUUCUGUCUCUCUCUUCUCUCUCUCCUCUCUCUCUCUCUAUCUCUCUCUCUCUCUCUCUCUCUGUCUCUAUUUCUCGCUCUCUCUCUCUCCUUUCUCUCUCUCUGAACAUUUCAUAAAUCCCUCAUCCUGCCUCUGUCAUUGUGUAGGUGUUGACUGCUGCACCCCAAAUGUUGAAGAUAGACAUUCUGCCUGUUGAUGAUGGAACGCCUCGUAUCGUCAUUAACCUGGGUCUGCAGUGGCUGGAGUACAUGGACAACAAGGUAAACACAGGCUUCGUCCUAAAAUGGCACCCUGUUCUCUUUACAGUGCGCUACUUUUGACCAAGGUCCAUAUUGUACACUAUGUGGGGAAAAUGGUACCAUUUGGUACACAGACAAAGUCAAAUGAUAUCAGCUUUCAACUCCUGUCACUGAUUCACCUCUUUCUGACUUCCUGUCACUGUUUCACCUCUUUCUGACUUCCUGUCACUGUUUCACCUCUUUCUGACUUCCUGUCACUGUUUCACCUCUUUCUGACUUCCUGUUACUGUGUGCGCUUGUUUACAUCAAUGUCUGACAUUGUACUUGGAAGACAGUGUAAUUUAAUUAGAGAGAAAAAAAAGAACCUUUAUUGUUCUAUUACAUGCUAGAACAUAACAAAAAUGGAAACAGAAAUGCAGAACAAAUCCAAAACAAGCAGAAUAGUUGAAGGUGUUAAGGCUACUUGCAGAGUGAAGAGAUCUGCUAGGGGACCUUACUGAGUGAAGAGAUCUGCCAGGAGACCUUACUGAGUGAAGAGAUCUGCCAGGAGACCUUACUGCUACAGAAGGGUGUGAGUUCUGUGGUUGACAGACAUUUACUAGAUGUCUUGAGUGGCUAGACUGGUUAAUUCAGAGAUGGCUUAACAUCCCCUAAUAUCCCUAUUAAAACCUUUUAAAACUUCUCCAAAAUCGUUUGACCAUACCAAUAAUAUGAUGGUUUGGCUGUAUUUCUGUAUGUUCCUCCAGCUCCAGUGUAUUGUGCCACGGCGCUCUCUACUGGCAAAUCAACAACCAUCAACCUGACCCCGCCCCCAUCAACCUGACCCCGCCCCAGUCUAUUUAGCAGUACUGGGCCGGUUUAAUUUCACAGCAGCGUACUUGACAUUGUCCUCCUGUUUCUGGGGCUGAGGCGGUUGGACGGUGGAGUACAGACGCACUUUCUGCUUUUUCGUAGUGAACGCCAUCGUGUGUCUGUUCUCUGUGCUGCAGUAGGGACCAUGGCCAUACCUGAGAUGUUAUCGUACACGGGACUAGAGUCUCACUGUCCAGGAGAGCAGAGGUUAUUUUAACCUUGUAUUUGUCACAUGCGCCGAAUACAACAAGUGAAAUGCUUACUUACAAGCCCUUAACCAACAAUGCAGUUUUAAGAAAGAAUACCCUAAAUAAAAUAAUAAAAAUAUAUAUAAUUAAAGAGCAGCAGUAAAAUAACAGUAGGGAGGCUAUAAGGGGGGGAAUAAUACCAAUAGUCUGGGUAGCCAUUUGAUUAGAUAUUCAAGAGUCUUAUGGCUUGGGGGUAGAAGCUGUUUAGAAGCCUCUUGGACCUAGACUUGGCGCUCCGGUACCGUUUGCCGUGCGGUAGCAGAGAGAACAGUCUAUGACUAGGGUGGCUGGAGUCUUUGACAAUUUUUAGGGCCUUCCUCUGACACCGCCUGGUAUAGAGGUCCUGGAUGACAGGAAGCUUGGCCACAGAGAUGUACUGGGCCGUACGCACUACCCUCUGUAGUGCCUUGCGGUCGGAGGCCGAGCAGUUGUCAUACCACGCAGUGAUGCAACCGGUCAGGAUGCUCUCGAUGGUGCAGCUGUAGAACCUUUUGACGAUCUGAGGACCCAUGCCAAAUAUUUUCAGUCUCCUGAGGGGGAAUAGGUUUUGUCGUGCCCUCUUCACAACUGUCUUGGUGUGCUUAGACCAUGUUAGUUUGUUGGUGAUGCGGACACCAAGGAACUUGAAGCUCUCAACCUGCUCCACUACAGCCCCGUCGAUGAGAAUGGGGACGUGCUCGUCCUCUUCUUUUUUCUGUAGUCCACAAUCAUCUCCUUUGUCUUAGUCACGUUGAGGGAGAGGUUGUUAUUCUGGCACCACACGGCCAGGUCUCUGACAUCCUCCGUAUAGGCUGUCUCAUCGUUGUCGGUGAUCAGGCCUACCACUGUUGGGUCAUCGGCAAACUUAAUGAUGGUGUUGGAGUCGUGCCUGGCCAUGCAGUCAUGAUUGAACAGGGAGUACAGGAUGGGACUGAGCACGUACCCCUGAGGGGCCCCCGUGUUGAGGAUCAGCCUGGCAGAUGUGUUGUUACCUACCCUUACCACCUGGGGGCGGCCCGUCAGGAAGUCCAGGAUCCAGUUGUAGAGGGAGGUGUUUAGUCCCAGGGUCCUUAGCUUGGUGAUGAGCUUUGAGAGCACUUUGGUGUUGAACGCUGAGCUGUAGUCAAUGAAUAGCAUUCUCACAUACAGUGAGGGAAAAAAGUAUUUGAUCCCCUGCUGAUUUUGUACGUUUGCCCACUGACAAAGAAAUGAUCAGUCUAUAAUUAUAAAUAAACAAAAAAAUCCAGAAAAACGUAUGUAAAAAAUGUUAUGAAUUGAUUUGCAUUUUAAUGAGGGAAAUAAGUAUUUGACCCCCUCUCAAUCAGAAAGAUUUCUGGCUCCCAGGUGUCUUUUAUACUGGUAACGAGCUGAGAUUAGGAGCGCAUUCUUAAAGGGAGUGCUCCUAAUCUCAAUUUGUUACCUGUAUAAAAGACACCUGUCCACAGAAGCAAUCAAUCAAUCAGAUUCCAAACUCUCCACCAUGGCCAAGACCAAAGAGCUCUCCAAGGAUGUCAGGGACAAGACUGUAAACCUACACAAGGCUGGAAUGGGCUACAAGACCAUCGCCAAGCAGCUUGGUGAGAAGGUGACAACAGUUGGUGCUAUUAUUCGCAAAUGGAAGAAACACAAAAGACCUGUCAAUCUCCCUCAGCCUGGGGCUCCAUGCAAGAUCUCACCUCGUGGAGUUGCAAUGAUCAUGAGAAUGGUGAGGAAUCAGCCGAGAACUACACGGGAGGAUCUUGUCAAUGAUCUCAAGGCAGCUGGGACCAUAGUCACCAAGAAAACAAUUGGUAACACACUACGCCGUGAAGGACUGAAAUCCUGCAGCGCCCGCAAGGUCCCCCUGCUCAAGAAAGCACAUAUACAGGCCCGUCUGAAGUUUGCCAAUGAAAAUCUGAAUGACUCAGAGGAGAACUGGGAGAAAGUGUUGUGGUCAGAUGAGACCAAAAUCGAGCUCUUUGGCAUCAACUCAACUCGCCGUGUUUGGAGGAGGAAUGCUGCCUAUGACCCCAAGAACACUAUCCCCACCGUCAAACAUGGAGGUGGAAACAUUAUGAUUUGGGGGUGUUUUUCUGUUAAGGGGACAGGACAACUUCACUGCAUCAAAGGGACGAUGGACGGGGCCAUGUACCGUCAAAUCUUGGGUGAGAACCUCCUUCCCUCAGCCAGGGCAUUGGAAAUGGGUCGUAUUCCAGCAUGACAAUGACCCAAAACACACGGCCAAGGAAACAAAGGUGUGGCUCAAGAAGAAGCACAUUAAGGUCCUGGAGUGGCCUAGCCAGUCUCCAGACCUUAAUCCCAUAGAACAUCUGUGGAGGGAGCUGAAGGUUCGAGUUGCCAAAUGUCAGCCUUGAAACCUUAAUGACUUCUGCAAAGAGGAGUGGGACAAAAUCCCUCCUGAGAUGUGUGCAAACCUGGUGGCCAACUACAAGAAAUGUCUGACCUCUGUUAUUGCCAACAAGGGUUUUGCCACCAAGUACUAAGUCAUGUUUUGCAGAGGGGUCAAAUACUUAUUUCCCUCAUUAUAAUGCAAAUCAAUUUAUAACAUUUUUGACAUUUUUGUUGUUGUUAUUCUGUCACUCACUGUUCAAAUAAACCUACCAUUAAAAUUAUAGACUGAUCAUGUCUUUGUCAGUGGGCAAACGUAUAAAAUCAGCAGGGGAUCAAAUACUUUUUUCCCUCACUGUAGGUGUUCCUUUUGUCCAGGUGGGAAAGGGCAGUGUGGAGUGCAGUAGAGAUUGCAUCAUCUGUGGAUCUGUUGGGGCGGUAUUCAAAUUGGAGUGGGUCUAGGGUUUCUGGGAUAAUGGUGUUGAUGUGAGCCAUGACCAGCCUUUCAAAGCACUUCAUGGCUACAGACGUGAGUGCUACGGGUCGGUAGUCAUUUAGGCAGGUUACCUUAGUGUUCUUGGGCACAGGGACUAUGGUGGUCUGCUUGAAACAUGUUGGUAUUACAGACUCAGACAGGGAGAGGUUGAAAAUGUCAGUGAAGACACUUGCCAGUUGGUUAGCACAUGUUCGGAGUACAUGUCCUGGUAAUCCAUCUGGCCCUGCGGCCUUGUGAAUGUUGACCUGUUUAAAGGUCUUGCUCACAUCGGCUACGGAGAGCGUGAUCACACAGUCGUCCGGAACAGCUGAUGCUCUUUUGCAUGUUUCAGUGUUACUUGCCUCGAAGCAAGCAUUGAAGUAAUUUAGCUCGUCUGGUAGGCUCGUGUCACUUGGCAGCUCGCGGCUGUGCUUCCCUUUGUAGUCUGUAAUAGUUUGCAAGCCCUGCCACAUCUGACGGGCGUCGGAGCUGGUGUAGUACGAUUCGAUCUUAGUCCUGUAUUGACACUUUGCCUGUUUGAUGGUUCGUUGGAGGGCAUAGCGGGAUUCUUGCAAUACUUUAAAACAAUAUAUUACAUUCUGGAACAUAACACAUAUGGAAAGAGAAAUGCAAAACAAAUUGUAUUAAUUUCUUACAGAAAAUCUUUCAUGUUUUAAGUAAUGUUAGACAAUAUGAGUGUCUGAUAAUUACAGUUAAUUGGGGGAAAUGCUGUGUGCCACUAUCAACACUUUUCUAUCACUUUGUGCACUUACCUGCAAUAAUGAUAGGCAUUGUAAUUGUGAAAUAAUGUUAUUAUGGGCAAUGGGCAAUCUGCUGGUAAAAUAUUAUAUGCUAUCUUGAUUUAAGAGUUAGAGUAUAUUUGGACAGGUCUCUAAAUAUUUGCUUGGCUAACUGACUCUUCAACUUUUCCCAUUAGUAUCUUGAAGAAGAAUCAUUUAAUUCCCACAGUGAAUUAUUGUAAUGUUUGUUUAUGUGUCAAUUAAUCCCAUUAAAGGAUGGGAUUAAGUAUCAGUGGUUGGAUUUAGUUUUUGUUGCGCUAUCUCCCCCUAAUGGUCUAUGAUGGUCCUAACGUCUCAAUUCUUGUUGAUUUCCUGGCCACUAAACUUGAUUGACUGACUGACUGACUGACUGGUUGAUUGACUGACUGAUUGACUGACUCACUGACUGACUGACUGACUGGUUGAUUGACUGACCGUCUGAUAGACUGACUGACUGACUGACUGACUGGUUGGUUGACUGACCAUCUGAUAGACUGACUGACUGACUGACUGACUGGUUGGUUGACUGACCAUCUGAUAGACUGACUGACUGAUUGACUGAUUGAUUGAUGUUGCAGGCCACCAACCUGAUCAGUAAGAAGGAGCUGUUGACCAUGGACCCGGACACAGACGAUGGUCAGCUGGUCUAUGAGGUCACUGCAGAGCCUAAACACGGCUUCCUGGAGAGCAAACUGAAACCUGGCGCUCCCAUCACCCGCUUCACACAAGGUAUAGUGUCUCUGUGUGUGUGUGUGUGUGUGUGUGUGUGGGUGUGUGUGUGUGGGGGGGGGUUGGGGGGGGUAUUGAGUAUUUAGUAUAGAGUGAGACUAUUGAAGAGGGUUUCAAUUAAAACAAUGUUAGUCUAUAUUGUGCUAACGUUAGUCUAUGUUGUGCGAACGUUGUCUAUGUUUUGCUAACGUUAGUCUAUGUUUUGCUAACGUUAGUCUAUGUUGUGCUAACGUUAGUCUAUGUUAUGCUAACGUUAGUCUAUGUUAUGCUAACGUUAGUCUAUGUUGUGCUAACGUUAGUCUAUGUUGUGCGAACGUUGUCUAUGUUUUGCUAACGUUAGUCUAUGUUUUGCUAACGUUAGUCUAUGUUGUGCUAACGUUAGUCUAUGUUGUGCUAACGUUAGUCUAUGUUGUGCUAACGUUAGUCUAUGUUAUGCUAACGUUAGUCUAUGUUGUGCUAACGUUAGUCUAUGUUGUGCUAACGUUAGUCUAUGUUGUGCUUACGCUAGUCUAUGUUGUGCUAACGUUAGUCUAUGUUAUGCUAACGUUAGUCUAUGUUGUGCUAACGUUAGUCUAUGUUGUGCUAACGUUAGUCUAUGUUGUGCUUACAUUAGUCUAUGUUGUGCUUACGUUAGUCUAUGUUAUGCUAACGUUAGUCUAUGUUGUGCUAACGUUAGUCUAUGUUGUGCUUACAUUAGUCUAUGUUGUGCUAACGUUAGUCUAUGUUAUGCUAACGUUAGUCUAUGUUGUGCUAACGUUAGUCUAUGUUGUGCUUACAUUAGUCUAUGUUGUGCUAACGUUAGUCUAUGUUGUGCUAACGUUAGUCUAGGUUGUUUUAACAUUGUGGUAACUUCGUCCCCUGCCCUCCAGCUGACAUUAAUUUGGGCUUGAUACGCUACGUGCUCCAUGAGGAGAGCAUGACAGAGACCAUGGACAACUUUAAGUUCCUGGUGAAGGACAGCAAGCCCAACAUUGUCUCUGAUAACUUCUUCCAUAUCCAGUGGUCCCUCAUCAGCUUCCAACACAGGAGGUGAGAGAGGCAAGGCCAGCUAUUCUGUAACAAGUAGGGCCCAGCGUGCAGCUUCACUGUGUUUCAGACUGGAACCACUAGCUCUGACUCAGCUGAGAGCUACUUUAUUGAGGAAAAAUGUACUUACUAUGACUGUGAUAUGUGGUUGUCCCACCUAGCUAUCUUAAGAUGAAUGCACUAACUGUAAGUCACUCUGGAUAGUGUAAAUGGAAUGGGGAAAACUCCAGGCGCUUACUGGAUUAACUCACACAAUCAUGAAAAACUCUGGGUCCCUGUGUAUGGUUGAGACUUCCAUACGUCUUCAUGGGUUUGCAGCUGCUGAAUUUGGCCACAGUUUUAUACAAUUCUCUCCUCUCAUUGCCACAAAGUCCAUUUCAGCUAUUAUACUUUAAUUGUAUCUCUCAAAGCUGUAGGUCUGCAUUUAUGUAACUGAUGCCCUCUGACGCCCUCUGUGCCCCUCACAGCUACAAUGUGAGUGAGAAGGCGGGCACGGUGUCGGUCACAGUGAAGAGGAUGGGUAACCUGAACCAGUAUGCCAUCGUGCUGUGUCGUACUGAGCAGGGCACUGCCACCUCUACCUCCAGUGUUGGCUCUCGCCCCGGACAGCAGGACUAUGUGGAGUAUGCUGGACAGGUGCUGUUAUUUUAUUUAUUUAACCAGGCAAGUUAAUGACAACACAUUCUCUUUUUCCAGCAAAGCCUGGGAAAUAGUUGUUGGAAAACCUCUCCUCCCUCCCUCGUCCUCGGUUCCUCCCUCCCUCCUCGUCCCGCACUCCUCUCCAUCGCCUCGUCCUCUCCUCUCCCUUCCUCGUCCUCGUCCUCUCCUCUCCCCUCUCCUCGUCCUCUCCUCUCCCUCUCCUCUCCUCUCCUCUCCUCUCCUCAUAUUUGUACUACAUCCGUAACAACAAUCUCUAACAUCCCAAUCUCCUCCCACAUCCCCCCCCCCCCAGGUCCAGUUUGACGAGCGUGAGGACACCAAGGUGUGUACCAUAGUGAUCCAGGACGACGAGGUGUUUGAGGGCGUGGAGAGUUUCCAGGUGGAGCUGAGCAUGCCUGUCUACGCCCUCCUGGGUCAGUUGACCCGCGCCAGCGUCAACAUCAACGACACAGAGGACGAACCCACGCUGCAGUUUGACAAGAAGACCUACCACGUCAACGAGAGCACCGGGUUUUUACAGGCCCCUAUAGAGAGGAAAGGUAUUAACCCUAACCCUAUACACGCUCCUAUAGAGAGGAAAGGUACUAACCCUAACCCUAUACACGCUCCUAUAGAGAGGAACGGUAUAACCCCUAACAACGCUUCCUAUAGAGAUGAAAUGUAUUAACCCUAUAAACACGCUCCUAUAUGAGAGGGAAAGGUAAUUAACCCUAUACACGCUCCAUAUAGAGAGGGAAAGGUAUUAACCCUAUACAACGCUUCCUAUAGAGAGGGAAGGGAUAUAACCCUAUACAAAAACGCUCCUAUAGAGAGGAAAGGUCAUUAACCCUAUAACCUAACCGAUACCGCUUCCUCGAGAGGGAAAGGUAGUAACCCUAAACCCUAUACACGCUCCCUAUAGAGAGGGAAGGUAUUAACCUAACAAAAAACCCUAUUAACAACGCUCCUAUAGAGAGUGGAAAGGUAUUAACCCUAACCCUAUACACACGUCCUAUAGAGAGGAAGUGUAUUAACCUAACCCUAUACACCUCCUAAAGAGGGAAAAUAUUAACCCCAACCCUAUAACGCUCCUUAAAAAGGGGAAAGGGAUUAACCCCAACCCAUACCACUUCUAAGAGAGGAAAGGUAUUUUAACCCUAAACCCCAAAACCUCCCAUAAGAGGGGAAAGGAUUAAACCCAACCCUACACCUCCAAAAGGAAGGUAUUAACCCUAAACCCCAUACACGCUCCUAUAGAAGGAAAGGAUUAACCCCAAAACCCCAUACACGCUCCUAUAGAGGGAAAGUUUAACCUAUCACCUUUUUAUAGAGAGGAAAGGAUUAAACCCAACCAUACACCCCUAUAGAAGGGAAGGUUUAACCCAACCCUAUACCACUCUAUAGAGGGAAAAGGGAUUUAAACCCUAACCCUAAACGCUCCAAGAGAGGAAAGGUAUUAACCCAAACCCCAUACCGCCCUAUAGGAAGGAAAGUAUUAACCCCAAAACCCAAAACGUCCUAAGAGAGGGAAGGAUUAUCCUAACACCCCCUAUAGAGAGGGGGAAAGGAUUAACCCAUAACGCUCUAUGGAGAGGGAAGGUUAACCCUAACAACACCUCCUAUAAAAGGAAAAAGGGAUUUAACCUAACCCAUACACACUCCCUUUGAGAGGGGAAAAGGGUUUAAAAAAACCCUAUACAGCUCCUAUAGAGAGGGGAAAGGUAUUAACCCUAACCCUAACAGCUUUAGAGGGAAAGGUAUUUAACCAACACUCCUUAAAAGAGGAAAUGUAUUAAAACCCAACCCUAUACACGCUCCUUAGAGAAAAGGUAUUAACCCCAUACACGCUCCUAUGGAGGAAAGGGUUUAACCCCAAAACACGCUCCUUUUAAGAGGAAAGUAUUAACCUAACCCAUACAGCUCCCAUAGAGAGGAAAAGGGAUUUCCCCCUUUUUGGGGGGGAUUAACCCUAUACAGCUCUAAGAGAGGAAAGUAUUAACCCCCAUACCGCUCCUAUGGAGGAAAGGUAUUAACCCCAACCCUAUACCACAUCCUAUAGAGGGAAAGGGACAACCCUAACCCCCAACACACCCUAUAGGAAAGGAAAGGGAUUUAACCCCAUUUCACACCCCAUAGGAGGGAAACAUUUAACCCCAACCCCCUACACCUCUAAGAGAGGAAAGGGAUUAAACCCCCAAACCAUAACAUCCUAUGAGAGGGGAAAGGGAUUUAAACCCCAUAACGCUCCAUAGGGGAAAGGUAUUAACCCUAACCCUAUCACGUCCUAUAGAGAGGAAAGGUAUUACCUAACCCAUAAGCUCCCUUGAAGGAAGGUAUUAACCCUAACACGUCCCAUAGAGAGGAAAGGUAUUAACCUAACCCUUACACGUCCCAUAAAGGAAAGGUAUUAAACCCAACCCCUUUCACGCUCCUAUAGGGGAAGGUUUUCCCUAACCCAUACACGCUCCCAUAGAGAGGGAAGGUUUAACCCCAUACACGUCCUAUAGAGAGGAAAGGUUUAACCCUAACACGUCCUUAGAGGGGAAGGGGACUAAAAACCCAACCCUUACACGCUCCUUUGAGAGGAAAGGGGUUAACCCUAACCCUAUACACGCUCCUAUAGAAGGGGAAAAGGAUUAAACCCCAACCCUAUACCGCUCCCAUAGAGAGGGAAGGUAUUAACCCUAACACCCCUUAGAGAGGAAAGGGAUUAACCCUAUACACCCCAAGGAGGAAAGGAUUAACCCUAACCCAUACAGCUCCUAUAAGAGGGAAGGGAUUAACCCCAACCCAUACACCUCCAUAGAGAGGAAAAAGGAUAACCCCAAAACCCCCAUAAGAGGAAAGUUUAACCCAACCUAUACAGCUCCCUUGAGAGGAAAGGGGCAACCCCAUACCACGCUCCUAUAGAGAGGGAAGGUACUACUCUAACCCUAUACCCCCUAUAGAGAGGAAAAAUAUUUAAACCCUAACCCUUACCCUCCAUAGAGAGGAAAGGGAUUAACCCAACCCUUCACCUUCUAUAGAGGGGAAAAGGGAUAACCCCCAUACACGCCCCAUGAGAGGAAAGGGAUUAACCCAACCCUAUACACGCUCCCAUAAAGGAAAAUUUGUAACCCUAACCCAUACCGCUCCCAUAGAGGUAAGGGAUUUAACCCCAACCCCAUACAACUUCUAUAGAGAGGAAAGGUAUUAAACCCUAUACACGCUCCAUAGAGAGGAAGGAUAAACCCAACCCUAUACACGUCCAUGAGAGGAAAGAAAUUACCCUAACCCCCUACACCUCCCAUAGGGGGAAGGGAUUUAACCUAUACACGCUCCUAAGGAGGGAAGGAUUCCCUAACCCAACCAAAAUUCUAUAGAGAGGAAAGGUAUUAACCCUUACACGCCCUAUAGAGGAAAGGUAUUACCCAACCCAACACGCUCCCAUAGAAGGAAAGUAUUAACCCUAACCCCUACCGUCCUAUAGAGAGGGAAAGGGAUUUAAACCCCAUACACGCUCCAUAGAGAGGGAAGGGAUUAAACCCAACCCCAUAAAAUCCUUAGAGAGGAAAAAGGGAUUAACCUAUACACCUCCUAUAGAAGGAAAGGUAUUAACCCAACCCCAUACACGCUCCUAUGGAGAGGGAAGGUAUUAAAACCCAUACCGCUCCUAUAGAGGGGAAGGUAUAAAACCCCAACCCAUAAACGCUCCCAUGAGAGGGAAGGUAUUAACCCUAUACACGUCCUAUAGAGAGGAAAAGGUAUUAACCCUAACCCCAUAAAACGCCCUAAGAGAGGAAAAAGGGAUUAACCCAACCCCCUACCCCGCUCCUAAGAGAGGAAAGGUAUUAACCCCAACCAUUUUAAAACCCCUACUAUGAAGGGGAAAAGGUUUUUUAACCCCCUAUAAAAACCCAUAGAGAGGAAAGGGAUUUAACCCCAACCCAUACACCCCUAUAGAGGAAAAGGGAUUAACCCUAUACCACUUCUAUAGGAGGAAGGUUAACCCUAACCUAUAACAAUCCUAUAGGAGGAAAGGUAUUAACCCCAAACCCCAUACACGCUCCUUAGAAGGGAAGGUUUAACCCCAAAUGCUCUAAGAGAGGAAAAGGAUUAACCCCCUUUCACGCCCUAUAGAAGGGAAAGGAUUAAAACCCAACCCAUUACACGCUCCUUAGAGAGGGGAAAGGGAUUAACCCUAACCCCAUACAGCCCUAAGAGAGGGAAAGGGAUUAAAACCCAACCCCCUACACGUCCCAUAGAGAGGAAAGGAUUAACCCCCAACCCCAUACACGCCCUUAGGAGGAAAAGGUAUUAACCCUUUUCAACUCCUUUGAGGGAAAGGGAUUAACCCCAACCCCAUAAACACUCCUAUGAGAGGGGAAGGGGAUUAACCCAUACAGCUCCUAUAGAGAGGGAAGGUAUUUAACCCCAAACCUAUAACCCCCUCCUUUUAAAAGAGGGAAAGGGAUUAACCCUAUACCGCCCAUAAGAGGAAAAAGGGUUUUCCCAACCCCCCUACACGCUCCCAUAAGAGGGAAGGGAUUAACCCUAUAACGCUCCUUAGAGAGGGGAAGGUUUAACCUAAACCCCCUACACGCUCCUAUAGAGAGGGAAGGUAAACCCAUACCGCUCCUAUGAGAGGGGAAAGUAUUAAACCCCAACCCUAACUGCUCCCAUAAGAGGAAAGGUAUUAAACCCAACCCCAUACCGCCCUAUAGAGAGGAAAGGUAUUAACCCAAACCCCAAAAACCUACUUAGAGAGGAAAAGGGAUAAACCCUUACACCUCCUAUAAGAGGAAAGGGAUUAACCCCAACCCCAUACACGUCCCAUGAGAGGAAAGGGAUUAACACUAUCACAUUCUAUAGAAAGGAAAGGUUUUAACCAAAACCCAUACACACUCCAUAGAAGGAAAGGUAUUAACCCUAACCCCAUCAGCUCCUAUAAGAGGGGAAAGGGAUUAACCCCAUAACUCCUAUAGAGAGGAAAGGAUUAACCCUUACACGCUCCUUAGAGAGGGGAAAGGAUUAAAACCCAACCCCAACACCCCCUAUAGAAGGGAAAGGGAUUAAAACCCAACCUAUACACGCCCUAUAGAGGGAAAGGGAUUAACCCUAACCCCAUAAAACCCCUCCCCAUAGAGGGGAAGGAUUAACCCUAACCCCAACACGCCUAUAGAGGGGAAAAUAUUAAAACCCCAUACACGCUCCCAUAGAGAGGAAAUGUUUAACCCCCAACCCAUACACGUCCUAUAGAGAGGAAAGGUACAACCCUAUACACCCCCCUAUGAGGGGAAGGGACUAAAUUUAAACCCCUUCACCUCCCAUAGAGAGGAAAAGGGAUUAACCAACCCUAUACACGCUCCCAUGAGAGGAAAGGUUUAACCCAAACCCCAUAACCCUUUUAUAGAGAGGAAAGUAUUAACCUAUACAGCCUAUAGAGAGGGGAAGGUUUAACCCUAACCCUUUCCGUCUAUAGAGAGGAAAUGUAUUUAACCCCAAACCCCCUACACCUCCUAUAAGAGGUAAAAGGUUUAACCUAACCCAUACACACUUCAAGAGAGGAAAGGUAUUUCCCUAUACACCUCCUUUAAAAGGAAAGGUAUUAACCCAAACCCAUACACGCUCCUAUAAGAGGGAAAAGGGAUUAACCCUAACCCCAUUUCACCUCCUAAGGAGGGGAAGGGAUUUAAACCCAUACACGCUCCCAUAGAGAGGGGAAGUAUUAACCCCAAAACCCAUACCACUUCUAUAGGAGGAAAGGUUUAACCCUAUACACGCCCCAUAGAGGGAAAAGGGAUUUAACCCCCAACCCUAACCGCUCCUUAGAGAGGAAAAGGGUUAACCCUAACCCCUACCCCCGCUCCCAUGAGAGGGGGAAGGGAACCCAUCACCCCCUAUAGAGAGGGGAAAGGUUUAACCCUAACCUAUCACGCUCCUAGAGAGGGAAGGUAUUUAAACCCCAUACACCUCCAUAAGAGGGAAAAGGGUUUAACCCAACCCCAUAAACCCCCUCCUAUGAGAGGGGAAAGGGUUUUAAACCCUUAAAACCCCUCCCAUGGAGGGGAAAGGGAUUAACCCUAACCCUAUCACGUCCUAUAGAAGGGGGAAAGGAUUAACCCAACCCUUCACGCUCCUUUGAGAGGAAGGUAUUAACCCCAUACACACUCCAUAGAAGGAAAAGGUUUAACCCUACCCUAUACACCCUCCAUAGAAGGAAGGGACAACCCUAUACACGUCCUAUAAGAGGAAAAGGGAUUCCCUAAACCCCAUACACCCUUAAGAGGAAAAAAAUUAACCUAAACCCCAUACUCUCCUUGAGAGGGAAGGUAUAACCAUACACCUCCUUGAGAGGAAAGGUUUAAACCCAUACCCUCCUUAGAGAGGGAAGGAUUAACCCCAUACACACCCAUAGAGAGGAAAAGGGAUUAACCCCAACCCCCAUACCGUCCAUAGAGAGGAAGGUAUUUAACCCCGCACGGCCCUAUGAGAGGGAAGGUUUAACCCAACCCAUACACGCUUCCUAUAGAGAGGGGAAAUAUUAAACCCCAUAACCCUCCUAUAAGAGGGAAGGGAUUAACCCCAAAAACCAUACAACUUUUUAUAGAGGGAAAGGGGUAAAACCCAUACAACUCCUUUUAAAAGGGAAGGUAUUAACCUAACCCAUACACGCCCCUUUGAGAGGAAAGGAUUAAACCCCAACCCUAUCAGCUCCUUUGAAGGAAAGGUUUAAACUAUACACAUUCUUAAAAGGAAAAGGGUUUUCCCUAACCCAUACAAUCCUAUAAAGGAAAGGUAUUAACCCAAACCCCCAUACACGCUCCUAUAGAGAGGGAGGGAUUAAACCCUAUACAGCUCCAUAGAGAGGGGAAAAGGAUUAACCUAUACCGUUAUAGAGAGGGAGGGUUUAACCCUAACCCUAUACACGCCCAUAAGAGGGAAGGGAUUUUAAACCCCAAACCCCAUACCGCUCUAUAGAGGGAAAAGGUAUUAACCCUAACCCUUACACGCUCCUAAGAGAGGGAAGGUAUUAACCCAAACCCCAUACCGCUCCUAUAGGAGGAAAGGUUUAAAACCCUAACACCUCCCAAGAGAGGAAAGGGAUUAACCCUAACCCCAUACACACUCCUAUGAGAGGAAAGGACAAACCCAUACACGCUCCCAUAGAGGGAAAAGGGAUUAACCCCAACCCUAUACCCUCCAUAGGAAAAAAAGGGAUUAACCCUAACCCCAUAAGCUCCUUUUGAGAGGGAGGUAUUAACCCAUACCCCCAUAGAGGGAAAGGGUUUUAAACCCCAUACACGUCCUUGAAGGGGAAAGGGAUUAAACCCCAAACACACUCCCCAUAGAGAGGGAAAGGGAUUUAAACCCCAACCCUUCACGCUCCUAUAGAGAGGAAAGGAUUAACCCUAGCACGCUCCAUGAGAGGAAGGUAUUAACCCUAACCCUAUACCGCCCUUAAGAGGAAAAGGGACUAACCCCCCUAAGUCCUAAGAGGGAAGGGACUAAAUCUAACCCUAUAACGCUCCUAUAGAGAGGAAAGGUAUUAACCCUAACCCAUACCGUCCUAUAGAGGGAAAGGAUUAACCCUAACCCCAUACAAUUUAUGGAGGAAAGUUUAACCCCAUAAACGCUCCUAUAGAGAGGAAAGGGAUUAACCCUAACCCUAUACACCUCCUUAAAAAGGAAAUGUAUUAACCCCAAACCCAUACCCCCUAUAGAAGUAAGGUUUAAACCCCAACCCUUUAAACUUCUAAAGAGGAAAGGUAUUACCCCUUUUCACCUUUCCCAAGAGAAAAGUAUUAACCCUAACCUUUAAACGCUCCCAAGAGAGGAAAGGUAUUAAACCCCACCCCCCUACACGCCCCCUUUUAAAAGGGGAGGUAUUAAAACCCAUACACGCUCCUAAGAGAGGGAAGGAUAACCCAACCCUUUAAAAAACUUCUAUGAGAGGAAAGGUAUUAACCCAUACCGCUCCUAUAGAGAGGAAAGGAUAAACCCCAACCCUAUACACGCUCCUUUGAGAGGAAAGGUAUUUAAACCCAACCCCAUACCCUCCUAUGAGAGGGAAGGAUUAAACCCCAUAACGCUCCAUAGAGAGGAAGGUAUAACCCAAAACCCAUAACCUCCUAUAGAAGGAAGGUUUAACCCUUAAAACGUCCCAUAGAGAGGGAAAAAAUAUUAACCUAACCCCCUACCCUCCUAUGAGGGGAAGGAUUAACCCUUACCGCUCCUAUAAAAGGGGAAAGGUAUUACCCUAACCCUAUCACCUCCUAUAGAGGGGAAGGUAUUAACCCUAAAACCCAACACGCUCUAAGGAGGAAAGGAUUAACCCAUACACACUCCUAUGAAGGAAAGGAUUUAAACCCAACCCCAUACCAUCCCAUAGAGAGGAAAGGUACUAACCCCAUACACGCUCCAUAGAGAGGGGAAAGGUUUAAACCCAACCCUAUACACGCCCUAUAAGGGGGAAGGUUUAAACCCCCAAACCCAAAUUUCUCCUAUAGAGGGGAAGGUUUAACCCUAACGCUCCCAUAGAAGGAAAGGGAUUAAAACCCCAUACACGCUCCUUUGAGAGGAAGGUAUUACCCUAACCACUCCUAAGGAGGAAAGGUAUUAACCCCCAAAACCCCAACACGCUCCCAUAGGAGGAAAAGGGAUUAACCCCUUUUACGCCCUAUGAGAGGAAAGGGAUUAACCCUAACCCUAUAAAAGCUCCCAAGAAGGGGAAAGGGAUUAACCCUUUCACGCUCCUUAAGGGGGGAAAAUAUUAACCCAAAACCCCAUACACUCUAUAAGAGGAAAGGUACUAACCCUAACCACUCCUAUAGAGAGGGAAGGUAUUAACCCUAAACCUAUACAAGCUCCUUAAAAAGGAAAGGGAUUAACCCUAACCCUAUACCGCCCUAUAGAGAGGAAAGGGAUUAACACUAUACCAUUUUUAUAGAGAAAAGGUAUUUAAACCCCAACCCUUAACAUCCCAUAGAAGGAAAGGGAUUUAAACCCUAACCCUAUACACGCUCCUAUAAGAGGGAAAAGGGAUUAACCCAUACAUGCUCCAUAGAGAGGAAAGGUAUUAACCCUUACACGCUCCCAAAGAGAGGGGGGGUAUUACCUAACCCUAUAAACCCCCCCUAUAGGAGGGAAGGGAUUUAACCCCAACCCUAUACACGCUCCUAUAGAGGGGAAAAGGUAUUUAACCCCAACCCAUAAAAAGCCCAAAAGAGGGAAAGGGAUUAACCCUAACCCUAUCCGCUCCUUAGAAGGAAAGGAUUAACCCCAAAACACUCUUUUAGAAGGAAAGGAAAAAAACCCUAACCCUAUACACAUCCCAUAGGAGGAAAGGUACUAACCCCUUUCCCCCUCCUUUGAGGGGAAAAAGGGUUUUUAAACCCCAACCCUAUACACGUCCUAUGAAGGGGAAAGGGAUUAACCCCAAAACGCUCCCCAAAAGAGGGGAAGGGAUUAACCCUUACACGCUCCUAAAGAGGGGAAAGGGAUUUAACCCCAUACACCCCUUAGGGGAAAGGUAUUUAACCCCAAAACACUCCAUAGAGAGGAAAAGGUAUAAAACCCUUCACCCCUAUAGAGGGAAAGGUAUUUUAAAACCCCAUCCGCCCUAUAGAGAGGGAAGGGAUUUAACCCUAUACACGCUCCUUAGAGAGGGAAGGAUUAACCAAAAAACCCCCCCCUCCUAAGGAGGGAAAAGGAUUUAACCCAAACCCCAUCACCUUUAGAGAGGAAAGGAUAACCCUAACACACCCCAAGAGAGGGAAAGGGAUCCCCAAACCCCAUACAGCCCUAUGAGAGGGAAAGGGUUUUCCCCAAUAACCGCUUAUAGAGAGGGGGAAAGGGAUUAACCUAUACAAUUCUAUAGAGAGGAAAAGGGAUUUAAACCCAACCCAACCAUCCUUAGAGAGGAAAGGGAUUAAACCCUAUCACGCUCCUUAGAAGGAAGGUUUAACCCAUACGCUCCUAUAGAGAGGAAAAAGGUUUUAAACCCCAUACCGCUCCUAAGAGGGAAGGUUUUUAACCACCCCAUACACCUCCCAUAGAGGGAAAAGGGAAAAACCCAUACACCUCCCAUAGAGAGGAAAGGGUUUAACCCCCAACCCUAACCGCUCCUAUAAGGGGAAGGGAUUAAAAACCCCAUAACCUCCUAUAGAGAGGGAAAAGGGAUUAACCUAUACCACACCCCCCCCAAAAAAAACCCCCCCCCCCCCCCCCCCCCCCCAAAAAAUCCCCCCCUUCCCCCCCCCUAUAGAGAGGAAAGUAUUAACCCCAACCCCCAAAACCUCCUAUAGAGAGGGAAAAAUUUUAAACCCCAACCCUAACAGCUCCUAUGGAGGGAAGGUAUUAACUAACAGUCCAUAAAAGGGAAAGGAUUUAAACCCCAUACAGCUCCUAUAAGAGGGAAGGGAUUAAACCCCCAUACACCUCCUAUAGAGAGGGAAAAAGGGAUUAAACCCCAACCCCAUACACGCUCUAAGAGAGAAAAAUUUAAACCCCAUCACGCUCCUAUAGAGAGGGAAGGUAUUUAACCCCAACCCAUACAGCUCAUAAGAGAGGAAAGGUACUACACCCUAUACACAAUCCUAGAGAUAGGGAGGUAUUAAACCCUAACCCCUAUACACGCAUCCCUAUAGAGAGGGAAAGGGUAUUGAACCCUAACCCUAUACACGCUCCUAUAGAGAGGGAAGGUAUUAACCCUAACCCUAUACACGCUCCUAUAGAGAGGGAAGGUAUUAACCCUAACCCUAUACAUACACGCUCCUAUAGAGAGGGAAAAGGUAUUAACCCUAUACACGCUCCUAUAGAGAGGGAAGGUAUUAACCCUAACCCUAUACACGCUCCUAUAGAGAGGAAAGGUAUUAACCCUAUACACGCUCCUAUAGAGAGGGAAGGUAUUAACCCUAACCCUAUACACGCCCCUAUAGAGAGGGAAGGUAUGAACCCCAUACCCCUGCUCCUAUAGAAGGGAAGGUAUUCAACCCUAACCUAUACCCUCCUAUAGAGAGGAAAGGUAUUAACCCUAACCCUAUACACACUCCUAUAGAGAGGAAAGGUAUUAACCCUAACCCUAUACACGCUCCUAUAGAGAGGAAAGGUAUUAACCCUAUACACGCUCCUAUAGAGAGGAAAGGUAUUAACCCUAACCCUAUACACACUCCUAUAGAGAGGAAAGGUAUUAACCCUAACCCUAUACACACUCCUAUAGAGAGGAAAGGUAUUAACCCUAACCCUAUACACACUCCUAUAGAGAGGGAAGGUAUUAACCCUAACCCUAUACACGCUCCUAUAGAGAGGAAAGGUACUAGUAAUCAUUACACUAUCACUAACCCAAACCCGAAUCCUGACCCUAACCCGAACCCUGACCCUAUCAUGAGGUAAUAGAGCAGGAGACUUCCAGUAGCCUAUCACUCAAGCAAAUAUAUUACCUGUGACUUCCAGUUGUGCUACUUAGUGCAGUGGCAGUACUAUCCUUCAGACCAUACAGUGAGUAGGCAUUCAUUUUCUUUCCUCCUCUCUCCUUCCAGGUGACACCAGCAGUACGGUCUCAGCUCUCUGUUACACGGUCCCUAAGUCAGCCCAGGGUAGCAGUCUACACGCCCUGGAGUCUGGUUCUGACUAUAAGAGUCGAGGUAUGUCUGGUGACAGCAGGGUCGUCUUCGGCCCCGGUGUCUCUAUGUCCACCUGCGACGUCAAGCUCAUCGACGACAGCGAAUACGAACUCUCCGAGGAGUUUGAGCUCCACCUAUCGGACGCCUCGGAUAAUGCCCGCAUGGGUGACGUCAGUGUGGCGAAGGUGGUUAUCGACGGGCCAAAUGAUGCUUCGACGGUAUCCCUGGGCAGUGCUACGUUUACGUUCAGCGAGGACGCCAGUAAGAGAUCAUAAGGCAUUAUUUUACAUUUUAGUAGACGCUCUUAUCCAGAGCGACUCACAAAAGCAAAUUAGAGGUGCACUUGCUCAAGGCCACAUCGACAGAUUUUUCACCUAGUCGGCUCAGGGAUUAGAACCAGCGACCUUUCGGUUACUGGCACAACGCUCUUAACCACUAAGCUACCUGAGCAUGAUAUAAGAUCAAAGCGUUCUAAAGGCUAAUAAGAAGCAGUAUACCUGCAGUACAGUGUCCCUAGUAUAGUUCUAUAUCUGGAGACUUUAGAUUUAGGGCUAUGCUAGAGCGAAAUGUUAUAUUCUUCAAUAACCAAUAGAUAUACUGUAUAUCAUUGCUUGAAUGAACCAUUGGAGAACAGGAAGUAUUACAGAGUACAACUCUGACCCCUGACCUUACACCCCUUAACCUCUGACCCUUGACCUCCAGGCACCAUAGAGAUCCCAGUGCUGCGGCAGGGCAGUGACCUGUCGUCUGUGACCUCUGUGUGGUGUGCCACACGGCCCUCUGACCCCCCCUCCGCCACCCCCGGGGUCGACUACAUCCCCUCCUCGAGGAAGGUGGAGUUCAAAGCCGGCAAGACUAUUGAGGUAAAGAAGAUAUCAUUUUUUAUUUUACUUUUAUUUUGAAAGAGACCUUGAGACCAAGCUUUAUUUUGCAAGGGAGCCCUGCAUGUACACAAUUAUACAAAAGAAUACAAAUAUAGAAAAUGACAAACACACUCAAGAAAAACAAUCUCAUUCCUCAUCAAAGAGGUCCCCAAUCAACAUGAUGAACUGCCCGAGAGGCACCAGCACAUCCUAUUGGAGGGAACUCUGUAGAUUGUUCCAUACAUGGGGUGCAAAGAAAAGCUGAUUUACCUAACUCUGCGGAGACCGAAGGGAUUGCUAGAGUUAGCCAUCCCUGAGACCGGGUAUGGUAACUCGUAAAAUGUUAUUAAAUAUGUUAGGUACAGUGGGAGUUUUUGUAAAAGAGCUUUAUAAAUAAAAGACAGCAAUGAAUUGACUAUGUGACUUCAAAGAAGGCCAGCCUACUUACUGGUAAAGAACGCAGGGAUGCGUACUGAACCUGUCACCUGUAAUAAAGCAUUAUUGCUAAUAGACUUCAGAGUCUAUCAUUGACUCUAUUAGCAUUUUCAAAGCAUUUGAUAGACGUGUUUACAUUAGCAAAAAUACCAAUGUCAGCGAUGUAAUCAUUUUUCUAAAAGAUUUUAGUGUGUGUUGCUUUUUGUAUUGAGAGUAGGAAUUUAGUGUCAUGGUCCGUCUCUUUCCUCGCUCUGUCUAUCUAUCUAUCUAUCUAUCUAUCUCUAUCUCUAUCUCUAUCUCUAUCUCUAUCUCUCUCUCUCUCUCUCUCUCUCUCUCUCUCUCUCCUCUCUCUCUCUCGUCUCUCUCUCUCUCUCUCUCCUCUCUCCUCUCUCUCUCUCCUCUCCUCUCUCUCUCUCUCCUCUCUCUCUCUCUCGUCUCUCUCUCUCUCUCCUCUCUCUCUCUCUCUCUCCAUUAUUUUUGUCUUACUGAGAUUAACUGUCAGGGCCCAGGUCUGACAGAAUCUGUGCAGAGGAUCUAUGUGCUGCUGUAGGCCCUCCUUGGUUGGUGACAGAAGCACCAGAUCAUCAGCAAACAGUAGACAUUUGACUUCAGAUUCUAGUAGGGUGAGGCCGGGUGCUGCAGACUGUUCUAGUGCCCUCGCCAAUUCGUUGAUAUACAGUGGGGAAAAAAGUAUUUAGUCAGCCACCAAUUGUGCAUGUUCUCCCAAUUAAAAAGAUGAGAGAGGCCUGUAAUUUUCAUCAUAGGUACACGUCAACUAUGACAGACAAAAUGAGGAAAAAAAAUCCAGAAAAUCACAUUGUAGUAUUUUUUAUGAAUUUAUUUGCAAAUUAUGGUGGAAAAUAAGUAUUUGGUCAACAACAAAAGUUUCUCAAUACUUUGUUAUAUACCCUUUGUUGGCAAUGGCACAGGUCAAACGUUUUCUGUAAGUCUUCACAAGGUUUUCACACACUGUUGCUGGUAUUUUGGCCCAUUCCUCCAUGCAGAUCUCCUCUAGAGCAGUGAUGUUUUGGGGCUGUCGCUGGGCAACACAGACUUUCAACUCCCUCCAAAAAUGUUCUAUGGGGUUGAGAUCUGGAGACUGGCUAGGCCACUCCAGGACCUUGAAAUGCUUCUUACGAAGCCACUCCUUCGUUGCCCGGGCGGUGUGUUUGGAAUCAUUGUCAUGCUGAAAGACCCAGCCAUGUUUCAUCUUCAAUGCCCUUGCUGAUGGAAGGAGGUUUUCACUCAAAAUCUCACGAUACAUGGCCCCAUUCAUUCUUUCCUUUACACGGAUCAGUCGACCUGGUCCCUUUGCAGAAAAACAGCCCCAAAGCAUGAUGUUUCCACCCCCAUGCUUCACAGUAGGUAUGGUGUUCUUUGGAUGCAACUCAGCAUUCUUUGUCCUCCAAACACGACGAGUUGAGUUUUUACCAAAAAGUUCUAUUUUGGUUUAAUCUGACCAUAUGACAUUCUCCCAAUCCUCUUCUGGAUCAUCCAAAUGCACUCUAGCAAACUUCAGACGGGCCUGGACAUGUACUGGCUUAAGCAGGGGGACACGUCUGCACUGCAGGAUUUGAGUCCCUGGCGGCGUAGUGUGUUACUGAUGGUAGGCUUUGUUACUUUGGUCCCAGCUCUCUGCAGGUCAUUCACUAGGUCCCCCUGUGUGGUUCUGGGAUUUUUGCUCACCGUUCUUGUGAUCAUUUUGACCCCACGGGGUGAGAUCUUGCGUGGAGCCCCAGAUCGAGGGAGAUUAUCAGUGGUCUUGUAUGUCUUCCAUUUCCUAAUAAUUGCUCCCACAGUUGAUUUCUUCAAACCAAGCUGCUUACCUAUUGCAGAUUCAGUCUUCCCAGCCUGGUGCAGGUCUACAAUUUUGUUUCUAGUGUCCUUUGACAGCUCUUUGGUCUUGGCCAUAGUGGAGUUUGGAGUGUGACUGUUUGAGGUUGUGGACAGGUGUCUUUUAUACUGAUAACAAGUUCAAACAGGUGCCAUUAAUACAGGUAACGAGUGGAGGACAGAGGAGCCUCUUAAAGAAGAAGUUACAGGUCUGUGAGAGCCAGAAAUCUUGCUUGUUUGUAGGUGACCAAAUACUUAUUUUCCACCAUAAUUUGCAAAUAAAUUCAUUAAAAAUCCUACAAUGUGAUUUUCUGAAUAUUUUCCUCAAUUUGUCUGUCAUAGUUGACGUGUACCUAUGAUGAAAAUUACAGGCCUCUUUCAUCUUUUUAAGUGGGAGAACAUGCACAAUUGGUGGCUGACUAAAUACUUUUUUCCCCCACUGUAUAUGUUGAAGAGGGUGGGGCUUAAACUGCAUCCCUGUCUCACCCCACGGCCCUGUGGAAAGAAAUGUGUGUGUUUUUUGCCAAUUUUAACCGCACACUUGUUGUUUGUGUACAUGGAUUUUAUGAUGUCAUAUGUUUUUCCCCCGACCCCACAUUCCAUCAAUUUGUAUAGCAGACCCUCAUGCCAAAUUGAGUCAAAAGCUUUUUUUAAAUCAACAAAGCAUGAGAAGACUUUGCCUUUGUUUUGGUUUGUUUGUUUGUCAAUUAGGGUGUGCAGGGUGAAUACGUGGUCUGUCGUACGGUAAUUUGGUAAAAAGCCAAUUUGACAUUUGCUCAAUACAUUGUUUUUACUGAGGAAAUGAACUUGUCUGCUGUUAAUGAUAAUGUAGAGGAUUUUCCCAAGGUUGCUGUUGACGCAUAUCCCACGGUAGUUAUUGGGGUCAAAUUUGUCUCCACUUUUGUGGAUUGGGGUGACCAGUUCUUGGUUCCUAAUAUUGGGGAAGAUGCCAGAGCUAAGGAUGAUGUUAAAGAGUUUAAGUAUAGCUAAUUGGAAUUUGUGGUCUGUAUAUUUUAUCAUUUCAUUGAGGAGACCAUCAACACCACAGGCCUUUUUGGGUUGGAGGGUUUGUAUUUUGUCCUGUAGGUCAUUAAAUGUAAUUCUCUCUCUCUCUCUCUCCCUGUCUCUCUGUCUCACUCUCUCUCUCUCUCUCUCUCUCUCUCUCUCUCCCUCUCUCUCCAGACGUGCAGUCUGACCAUCAUGGAUGACAUCCAGAACCCGGCCAUCGAGGGGGCUGAGUCCUUCGUAGUGUUCCUCUCCUCCCCUCAGGGGGCCGUCCUUCUGGAACCCUUCGAAGCCUCCGUGGUCAUCACUGAUACCUUGGACCGUAAGUACACCCCUACACACACACACACACACACACACACACACACACACACACAUACAUACCUGUCUUCUAGAACAGGUUUUUUUGUGCUUUUCUUGCCCAGGGACCCCCUCACAGGCAAACCGGCGACCCAGGGACCCCCAUCAUAUGUUAGCAAUAAAUAAAUAAAAGUCACAUCUAGAUCACAGUGUCCUGGAAGAAGGAAAACUCCAUCUGAAAUUGUAGUUUUAUUGUACAGUACUUCAUAAUCCCUACUCAUUUACCCACAAUUCCCUCCUCCCAGUUCCCAGCAUGCAGUUUGAGAAGACGGCAUACAAGGUGAAGGAGAAUGAGGGUGUGCUGAGCAUCCCCAUCGUUAGAACGGGAGACCUGACGUUCAAGUCCUCUGUCCUCUGCUUCACACGCACCAUGUCUGCCAUGGUCAUGGACGACUUCGAGGAGAGGAGGAACGCUGACGACUCACGUAUCAUCUUCCUCAAGGGAGAGAAGGUAAGUUCUUUAUCAAGCCCACGUAGAUUCUGUAAAUGAAAUGUUGUUAUAAUAGUUUGUUACAUCUAGCCCAAUGUGUUAAAAACAUCUGUAUAGAACCAGACCAAUAAAGUUGGCUUUGAUGUUAUGAUGAUGAUGAUGAUGAUGAUUAUGAUGAUGAUGAUGAUGUUAUGAUGAUGAUGUUAUGGUGAUGAUGAUGAUGAUGAUGAUGAUGAUGAUGGUGGUCCAGGUAAAGAACUGCACGGUGCACAUCAAUGACGACUCUGUGUUCGAGCCUGAGGAGGAGUUCCAGGUGCAUCUUGGGACGCCACUGGGGGACCACUGGAGCGGAGCCUUGGUGGGAGUUAGUGACAUGGUCACGGUAAUCAUCACUAACGACGAGGACGGUAAGCAACGCUCAGGCUUCCCUAAUCUCAAUGCUUCUCUUAUGAAUAGAGUGGCAGACUGGCAGUUGAUAGUUAUGAAUAGAGUGAGAGACUGGCAGUUGAUAGUUAUGAAUAGAGUGGCAGACUGGCAGUUGAUAGUUAUGAAUAGAGUGGCAGACUGGCAGUUGAUAGUUAUGAAUAGAGUGGCAGACUGGCAGUUGAUAGUUAUGAAUAGAGUGGCAGACUGGCAGUUGAUAGUUAUGAAUAGAGUGGCAGACGGGCAGUUGAUAGUUAUGAAUAGAGUGGCAGACUGGCAGUUGAUAGUUAUGAAUAGAGUGGCAGACUGGCAGUUGAUAGUUAUGAAUAGAGUGGCAGACGGGCAGUUGAUAGUUAUGAAUAGAGUGGCAGACGGGCAGUUGAUAGUUAUGAAUAGAGUGGCAGACUGGCAGUUGAUAGUUAUGAAUAGAGUGGCAGACUGGCAGUUGAUAGUUAUGAAUAGAGUGGCAGACGGGCAGUUGAUAGUUAUGAAUAGAGUGGCAGACGGGCAGUUGAUAGUUAUGAAUAGAGUGGCAGACGGGCAGUUGAUAGUUAUGAAUAGAGUGGCAGACUGGCAGUUGAUAGUUAUGAAUAGAGUGGCAGACGGGCAGUUGAUAGUUAUGAAUAUAGUGGCAGACGGGCAGUUGAUAGUUAUGAAUAGAGUGGCAGACUGGCAGUUGAUAGUUAUGAAUAGAGUGGCAGACUGGCAGUUGAUAGUUAUGAAUAGAGUGGCAGACUGGCAGUUGAUAGUUUGUAAUGGUAUGUACUGUAUAGUAUGUAAUGUAUUGUAUAAGGUAAUAGCAUUGUAAGACAUUACCAACAGAAACACAGGGUAAUCUUCUACAUAGGAAAAAGCCCAGUCAUUGUAAAAAUGCAUUGCAAGUUUAAUUUCACAUGUUCAUUAUAAAGUGAACAUUGAUAUUGUACCACCCCAGCCCCCACCAUAGAGUUUGAGCAGACGUCGUACCAGGUGCGGGAGCCCCCUGGACCAGACGGCAUCGAGGUGCUUAACAUCAAGGUGGUUAGGUCAGGAGACCAGGACCGCACCUCCAAGGUCCGCUGCAGCACCCGGGACGGUUCAGCCCAGUCCGGAGUGGACUACAACCCCAAGAGCAGAGUCCUCAAGUUCACACCUGGUCAGUAAGACUUAUUGAGAAGGAGCAUUAUGGGUAGUGUAGUACAUCUGUCUACAAGAACCUCAUAGCCAAUCACACUGCUCUUUAGUGAUUGUUCAGACUGGGUGCUGUGCAUUUCUAUUCACCGGUUUCAGAGGGAAUUUGACAGGAAAUGGAAGAUGUUUUUAUGUUAUUGAAGGUGUGUUACAUCACGUCGAUGAUACAGCAUAAGUAAACAUGACUCAACUUUUUUUUCUAUCUUUCCAUGUAGGCAUGGACCACAUCCUGUUCAAGGUGGAGAUUCUGUCCAAUGAGGACAGGGAGUGGCACGAGUCCUUCUCAUUGGUCCUCGGCCCUGACGACCCAGUGGAGGCGGUGCUUGGAGAGAUCACCACGGCAAGAGUCACCAUCCUCGACCAGGAAGCUGCGGGGAGUCUCAUCCUUCCGGCCACACCUAUUGUAAGGAACAUGGCUCACAUUCAAAUUUAAAUGGAAUUGCUUUAGCAUUAUGUGUAUUACUAAAUCAUUUUCUUCAAAUGUUCAGGUAAAAUGAACACUUAUGUAAGUUGUAAAUUGAAAUUCUAAAUGUAUUCUUCAAACAUUGUAGCCACAAUUGCUUAUGUUUUCUGAGAUGAAUCCUAUCUUCAGAUUGACAUGUAUUAAUUAAUUCAGCCCUCUGCCAGCUACA